UGACCACCAUAGACCAUUGCCAGUCCUACCAGAGGACAGAGUUCCACGGUGUGUUUUAUAAAAAGGACAGGAUUUGGCUAAUCUGGUUAAGUGAUUUACUGCUUAGUUCACAUGGUCUAAGGGAGAUGAUUAAUUGGCAGUGGACGUGGGAGCAUUUACAGUCACCAUGCUUUCUCUCUCUAUACCUGGAGAUAGGUGCAAAGCUUGCCAAGUCAGUCCACCAUUUUGGCAUCUCGGCACCCAUUUUUAUUCUAAAUCUUACACCAGAUUUGUCAAAACUCUUUCUAGGGAGCUCUGGGGUCUCACGUCACUCUCAUUGACAGCCAUUGUGCUUGAAAAGUCAGAUGAAAAAGUCCUUAGGGAGUGAACGUUAUUCAUAAUAAGGGUUACAUGGAGAAAAGCGAAACCUCCUCUCAAAUGAAAAUGGAUGGCCCUCCCUUCAGCUAAAUAUAUUUGACCUAAACCCUCCCUGAACGCUUUAAAUAAAACAAGUGACCCAAGCUCCCUUUAUACCCAAGCUUUAAACAUAAAGUGGAUAGCAUAGAACAUGCCUACAGUUUACCCUCACUUCCUGGACAGACCAGAGCCCCACAACAGUUUUAGAAACUGUUCUAGGUCAUCCUGUAAGCAUUGCAUGGCAACACAGGAAUGUUGAUAGCGCACAGGGCUGCGGGCCAGAAGGUUGUGGGUUCACAGACCACUUUGGACAAGAGUAGGAGUGGAAAGAUCUCCUUUAUAGUAGAAGCAUUGCAUGAAUCUAUCAUCGUAUUUACAGGUCCGAGAAAAAUCAGUUUUUUUAAAUAAAAAUGUCUUGCAAUUCUACGUAAUUUUACAUCUCAGCAGAAUAUUUUUUGAUACCACACAAAUUACCGAAAUUACAGGCUAAGAAUGGACAGAGAGAUAGGCGUAUGUGUACGUCUUAUCAUAUUUCUCCCUUGCCAAAUCAGUGUGUCUUGUUUUGUAACGAAACUGUCCCUGUUUGCAAAUAAUUACAUCUGAGAAGUCAUUAGGUAUCUGAGCAUGGUACUUUCAAAAUGUAGGACUAUCUUUCCACCCCAGAGAGAGUAGGCCUACCGAUGCAGAAGAAAAUGUAAGCUUUAACCUCUACGGGAUCGGUGUCCCGUAUACGGGACGGUUGAGCUAACGUGCGCUAAUGUGAUUAGCAUCUCUGUUGUAAGUAUCAGCAAACUUUCCAGGACAUAGACAUGUCUUAUAUGGUGAGAAAGCUUAAAUUCUUGUUAAUCUAACUGAACUGUCAAAUGUACAGUAGCUAUUACAGAGAAAAAAUACCAUGCUAUUGUUUGAGGAGAGUGCACAACAACAAGAAACUUAUCACGGCAACUGGUUUGAUACAUUCACCUCUGAAGGUAAAUAAUGUACUUACAUUCAGUAAUCUUGCUCUGAUUUGUCAUCCUAAGGGCCCCAGAGAUAAAAUGUAGCAUAGUUUUGUUUGAUAAAAUCAAUUUUAAUAUUCAAAUGUAGGAACUGGGUUCUACAGUUUGAACCCCUGCUGUCUCUGGCUCCACACCCAACCCGCCCGGCCAUCUAGAUAGGUGAAAGUUAGUGUAUAAGCUAAUGAUCCAUUAUGUAUGACAUUCCUGGGAGUGUGUAAACUUACAUUUUGUAUUACCAUAUCAUUUUUGUAUGUUCUCUAUAGUUAUGUACUUGAAAAUUUAUCAAUUGACGAAUUCGGCACAUUUGGGCAGACUUCAAUCUGAAACGUUGCACACACACACUGCCGCCAUCUAGUGGCCAACAUCUAAAUUGCGCCUAAACUGCAAUAUUAUAUUGUGGCCUUCCUCUUGCAUUUCAAAGAUGAUAAUAAAUACAUAACGAAAACGCAUGUUUUGUUGUUUGUAUUAUCUUCUACCAGAUCUAAUGUGUUAUAUUAUCCUACGUUAAUUUGAAAUUUCCACAAACUUCAAAGUGUUUCCUUUCAAAUGGUAUCAAGAAUAUGCAUAUCCUUGCUUCAGGUCCUGAGCUACAGGCAGAUAGAUUUGGGUAUGUCAAUUUAGGUGAAAAUUGAAAAAAGGGUCCGAUCCUUAAGACGUUAACUGCUGGCUACUCUUCUUCUGUGGCUUAACCCAACACAAAAGCUGUCUGGGUUUAAACAUCUUCUAUUGAACAGAAAGUGAAUAGCUUAAUCAAUUGAUAGUGACAGAAUUAGAUUACUUCCCAAGCAAAGUAACAUUUUUGUCUCCUCAGCUAUACAAGGAUGUAGCUCAGCCUCUGAAUGUCAAAUAAAUCAAACUGAUAUCCCAUGUGCAUCGGAGCAUCGCGGAUCAAAGUGUUGUUAUAGAUCACUUUAUACAGUGCCUUCAGAAAGUAUUCACACCCCUUUACUUUUUCCAUAUUUUGUUGCGUUACAGCCUGAAUUUCAAAUGGAUUACAUUGAAAUUUUUGUCACUGGCCUACACAUAAUGCCCCAUAAUGUCAAAGUGUAUUAUUAUUUUUUGUGUGCGUCAAUAAGUAUUCAACCCCUUUGUUAUGGCAAGCCUAAAUAAGUUCAGGAGUAAAAAUGUGCUUAACAAGUCACAUAAUAAGUUGCACGGACUCACUCUGUGUGCAAUAAUAGUGUAUCAAUGCACCCAGUCACUACAAAGAUACAUGCGUCCUUCCUAACUCAGUUCCCAGAGAGGAAGGAAACCACUCAGGGAUUUCACCAUGAGGCCAAUGGUGACUUUAAAACAGUUACAGAGUUUAAUGGCUGUGAUAGGAGAAAACUGAAAGAUGGAUCAAUAACAUUGUAGUUACUCCACAAUAUUAACCUAAUUGACAAAUUGAAAAGAAUGAAGCCUGUAUAGAAUAAAAUAUAUUCCAAAACAUGCAUCCUGUUUGCAACAAGGCACUAAAAUCAUUCCUGCAAAAAAUGUGGCAAAGCAAUUUCUUUUUUCUUUUUUUUUCUUCCUGAAUACAAAAUGGUAUGUUUGGGGCAAAUCCAAUAUUACACAUUAGUGAGUGCACUAGUCAUCCCUUACUGUACUCCGAACAUCCAACUUCAACUGAAAGACAGAAGACAGUUAAACUCAUAAUAAUGUUUUUAAAUCCAAUACCCCACUCUGUUAACUCGCAUUAUUCUUGCAAUACAGACGUAGGAUCUUAAUUUGAUCACCCUGUUGUUGCAUCCAUUUAGGACAGAAUGUGUUUUGAGGAUGCAAGUGUCUGUACUGCGCUGCACAGUCUUCAGUGUGUGUGUGCGUUGGGAUGUAAAUCCUUCGUGUUUCCUGUGAAGUAGAAGUACAUUCACUCUGUUCAGAGGCUUGGGAUGUAAUGGAGCGCUAGAUGCUUACAGAUAGAGGAUCAGCUGCACAUCUCUCCCUCUCUCUCCUCCUACUUUUCUCUCUCACUCAUUCUCUCUCCUCCUACUUUUCUCUCUCACUAAUCUCUCACUCAUUCACUCUCCUCUCACUUUCUCCCGCCCUCUCUCACUGCUCCUCCCCCAUGUGAGAGAGAAAGAGAGAGAGAGUAGAGAGCGAGAGAUUAGUUGAUGAUCAGGGAUCGGGAGCUGUGAUGCGUGGCUGCUGCCAUCUCUGUUGGCCAGUGUCACACACACACACACACACACACAGAGCUGAUCCUCACUCACAGAGCGCUCUGCGACGUAGCGUCUCUACCAUAGCCACACAACGCUAGCAGCUCCCAGCCUGUCCUCGUUGACCUCUGCACCUGGGACCCCCUAACAGCAGCAGCACCACAGGGACGUCUCCCUCCUCAACCCCAACCCCCCACCCCCCCCCCCCCCCCUCUUCACUCUAUCAUGGAGAAAGGGGAAGGCUUGCUGUCGCGACGGAGGGGUAAGUGCCAGGUGACUAUCACCUGGAGUUUUUGUUUUUAAACCCCUUAGGGGUCUUCUCUCUCUCUACGCUGGGCUUACUUAGUCAGAGCCAGGCUGCUACCUCGUUAUCCUGCGCAGCAAAUGCUGCUGAACUAAUAUAAUAUAUAUAAUAUUUAGCAGUCGCUUUUAUCCAAAGCGACUUAGUCAUGUGUGCGUACAUUUUUACGUAUGGGUGGUCCCGGGAAUCGAACCCAGAAACCCACUACCCUGGCAUUACAAGCUACAUGCUCUACCAACUGCGCUACAAAGGAUAUUUCUAAAAACAUAACUCCACUGUGACAUUAUGGGGUAUUGUGUGUAGAUCAGUGACACAACAUCUCAAUUUUAAUCCAUUUUAAAUUCAGGCUGUAACACAACAACAUUUGGAAAAGGUCAAGGGGUGUGAAUACUUUCUGUACUCAUAGCACCUCUAGUAAUUUAAUAGGAUCUCUAUGUCAUAAACCCUCAAAAUUCCAGAAUGGGGUGAAAAUGGCAGCCAUAUUGGUCAGGGAGAAAUCCAACCCAGUCUAAUUGGAAUGAAUGGCAGUAUUUUAAAACCGUUACAGAGUUUAAUGGCUGUGAUAGGAGUUACUCCACAAUACUAACAUAAAUGACAGAGUGAAAAGAAGGAAUCCUGUACAGAAUACAAAUAUUCCAAAACGUGCAUCCACUAAAGUAAUCCUGCAAAAAAUGUGGCAAAGAAAUUACCUUUUUUGUCCUGAAUACAAAAGCGUUAUGUUUGGGGCAAAUCCAACACAACACAUCACUGAGUACCACUAUUCAUAUUUCCAAGCAUGGUGAUGGCUGGACCAUGUUAUGGGUAAGCUUGUCAUCGGCGAGCACUAGGGAGUUAUUUAGGAUAAAAAGAAACGGAAUAGAGCUAAGCACAGGCAAAAUCCUUGAGGAAAACCUGGUUCAGUCCGCUUUCCAACAGACAAUGGAAGACAAAUUCAUCUUUCAGUAGGACAAUUACCUAAAACACAAGGCCAGAUAUACACUGCAGUUGCUUACCAAGACGACAUUGAAUAUUCCUGAGUGGCCUAGUUAAAGUUUUGACUUAAAUCUAUGGCAAUACUUGAAAACGGCUGUCUAGCAAUGAUCAACAACCAACUUGACAGAGCUUGAAGAAUUUCUUAAAGAAUAAUGGGCAAAUAUUGUACAAUCCAGGUGUGCAAAGAUCUUAGAGACUUACCCAGAAAGACUCAUAGCUGUAAUCGCUGCCAAAGGUGAUUCAGUCAUGUAUUGAUUCAGGGGGUUGAAGACUUAUCUAAUCAAGAUAUAUCCGUUUUAUUUUUCAUGAAUCUCUUUAUUUUUAUUUUAUAUUUUUUUUACUUUGACAUUACAGAGUAUUUUGUGUAGAUCGCUGACAAAAAAAUUACAAUUAAUCCCGCUUUGUAACACAAACAAAAUGCGGGGGAAAGUCAAGGGGUGUAAAUACUUUCUGAAGGAACUGUAAAAGUAAGUCGUGACAUAUCAGAAAUUAUAAUUAUGCUGUUUUAGGUUUGAGUGUGUUUAUCUAUAGUAGAAGUGAAGGUGGUGCGUUUUAUUGCAGUCUCCUUCCGUCUUUCCAAACUUGGUAUUUUAAGUGGAUUUCUGUACUUGGUGUCUGUGUAUUGGGCUUGAGUAGUAGUAAGGUGAGUUAAAGGGAUUGAAGGAAGUACUUUCUGUUUCUCUCGUACCGUGAGCAAUGUCAGGCUGACUAACGUUGAGGGGUGCUAGGCAGCUUUAAUGUACAGAGCUGCCACCGAGGGGAGCUUAGCGGUUAAAAAUACUGUGUGUGGCCAUUUAUUGCCAUAGAGACUGAGAUGCUUGGCUUCCCCAUUAGUGCUACAACUACCUGAUGUUCUGUCCCUCAUAGGGGUUACAAAAUUCCAGGAACUUUCAAUAAAUUGCCUGGUUUUCUUCCGAAAUCCUGGUUGGAGGAUUCCCGGAAUCAGGAGGGAAGGAGCAGGAAAUCCGGGAUCCUCCAACCAGGAUUUCUGGAAAACCAGGGACUUUAUUCCAAGUUCCGGGAAUUGUGCAACCCUAGUCACACAUCACAGGUACACGGUUGUGAAGAUGUUACAUCUUAAUUUGGUUGUCUUCUCUGUUUGAAGAAAGCAGAAAUAUUGUCUCGUUUUGCAGAGGGCCGUAUCCUCUUUAGUGUUAUCUGUGACCUCUGUACACAGGGAUAUACUACAAAGCACGAUCAAUGAGUUAGCCAGCUAACUUUGAUUAACAACCAGAAAUAAUCACACAUUUUGUGGUUCAUUUAAGAAAGAUAAACUUAGAUAAGUGUUUUUGGUUAUUAACUCAAUUAAACCAUGCCCAUUUGAAACUUAUCUUGUCAAAAAUAGGAAGUUAUUUCAGAAUAUUUAAGCUGGCUAACUCAUUGAUCCUACUUUGUAGUAUGCCCCUCAAGUGUAUGUUAGGCUAAGUCAUGGCAGACGGAUUGUUCCUCCGCGCGCCAAUGAUGUCACAUCCUCUCUGUCUCUCAGGCUAUUGUCUUCUCAUGCGUGCCUGCUAGAGGUCAGGUGCAGAACGAGCUCGUCUUCUGCCUCGCUCACACAUAGACACAGACAGGACCCUUCCUCUAUCUCGUCACCCUCCUGUUCAUACACACUCAUCUACAGAUGUAGGAUCUUCAUUUGACCAGUUUCUCACAGCAUGAACAUAAUCCUGCAGCAACAGGAAAUAUGAAUUAUGUGUGUGGAUCAUAAUGAAUGGACAUUUUUGUAAGUGUUAGAUAACUGUUUAGUUAGGCCAAAUCAAAUGUUAGAAGCCUUUUUUGAACCUUGAAUACACAAAAAGUUUGCAUUUCCUGCUGUGCAGGAUGUCACUUGUUAAAUCCACUUCAAGCAGUGUAGAUGAAGGGGAAGAGACAGGUUAAAGAAAGAUUUUUAAGCCUUGAGACAUGGAUUGUGUAUGUGUGCCAUUGAGGGUGAAUGGGCAAGACAAAACAUUUAAGUGCCUUUGAACGACGUGUGGUAGUAGGUGCAAGGCGCACAAGUUUGUCAAGAACUGCAACACUGCUGGGUUUUUUCACACUAAACAGUUUCCCAUAUGUAUCAAGCAUGGUCCACCACCCAAAGGACAUCCAGCCAACUUGACACAACUAUGGGAAGCAUUGGAGUCAACAUGGGCCAGCAUCCCUGUGGAACGCUUUCGACACCUUGUAAAGUCCAUGCCCCGAUGAAUUGAGACUGUUCUGAGGGCAACGCAACUCAAUAUUAGGAAGGUGUUCCUAAUGUUUGGUAUACUCAGUGUAUCUGGACAGUUUUCUCUUUAAUCCUCCAAUGAGGAGACUACAAUGGCCUCCAGGAAGUUGUGUUUUAUGAAUAGGUGUCUCCUGUUGGAGAACUUUGGUUCGGUCUACAACCAUUUACCGCAACAAUGAUCUUGUGAAAUUUUCUUUUUCUGAUUAGUCUCUAGAAGAGUCAUCUCUGGAGUGUUACUUCCUGUUGGCUCCACAUUGGCUACUCAGAGCCUCCAUCAACUCAACCUAGUUUUAGAGUGUAUUCUUUGCACAGCAUUGCUUCAAACAAACACACAUUAUCCUUACUACACAUUUACUAUUGGGUAAAUUAAGCUUAAUUAUGGCCUCUUUUUUUGUGCUGUAUACAGUAGACUUUGUUGCCAUUCUUCAGAAUAGAUCAUUGGUUAGGGUUUACACAACCUUCAGCAAUGGCACAACAGGAAGACUAGUGAGCAACAUGUGAGAAUGAGUCAACCCAAGAAACAGCCUGUUAUUUCCAGAACCUGGUCCUUCAGUGUCUGGCACUCGGGUCGUUGUUCCGAAAGCGAAUGUGUUCUCAGCAAACCUGGUUGAAUAAAGGCAAUGCGGUUGACGUGCUUCAUAUCGGGAGUCUGAUGCCCUGAUCAAAACUCUAGUUAAAUGGACAUGGCAGCCACUGCUAUAUUCCUGUAUAUCAUUAGGCAAGUACAACUUCUCUGAUUGGAUGGACUGGGAUUGCGUGGGUAGAGCUGUGUGCACCAUUGAGAGCAUCUUGACUGGCUGCUUCACCACUUGGUAUGGCAACUGCGUGGCAUUCGACUGCAAGGUGCUACAGGGGGUAGUGUGUACGGCCCAGUACAUCACUGGGGCCAAGCUUCCUGCCAUCCAGGACCUCUAUACCAGGCGGUGUCAGAGGAAGGCCCUACAAAUUGUCAGACUCCAGUCACCCAACUCAUAAUCUGUUCUCUCUGCUGCCGCACAGCAAGUGGUACGAUGCACCAAGUCUGGAACCAACAGGACCCUGAACAGCUUCUACCCACAAGCCAUAAGACUGAUAAAUAGUUAGUCCAGGUAGCUAUUGGUUAACUAUUUAACUAUCUGCAUUGACCCUUUUUGCACUAAUUAUUUUGACGCAUCAUGUACGCUGAUGGUACUGUUUUAUCUAUCCUGUUGCCUAGUCACUUUGUCCCUACCUAUACAGUGCAUUCGGAAAGUAUUCAGACCCCUUGACUUUUUCCACAUUUUGUUAUGUUACAGCCUUAUACUAAAAUAGAUUAAAUAGUUUUUUUCCCUCAUCAAUCUACACACAAUACCCCAUCAUGACAAAGCAAAAACAGGUUUUUAUAAAUUUGUGCAAAUUUAUAAAAAAUAUAUAUCCCAUUUACAUAACUAUUCAGACCCUUUACUCAGUACUUUGUUGAAGAAACUUUGGCAGCGAUUACAGCCUUGAGUCUUCUUGGGUAUGACGCUACAAGAUUGGCACACCUGUAUUUGGAGAGUUUCUCCCAUUCUUCUCUGCAGAUCCUCUCAAGUUCUGUCAGGUUGGAUGGGGAGCGUUGCUGCACAGCUAUUUUCAGGUCUCUCCAGAGAUGUUAGAUCGGGUUCAAGUCCGGGCUCUGGCAUGGCCACUCAAGGACAUUCAGAGACUUGUCCCGAAGCCACUCCUGCGUUGUCUUGCCUGUGUGCUUAGGGUCAUUGUCCUGUUGGAAGGUGAACCUUCGCCCCAGUCCGAGGUCCAGAGUGCUCAGGACUUCAUCAAGGAUCUCUCUGUACUUUGCUCCAUUCAACUUUCCCUCGAUCCUGACUAGUCUCCCAGUCCCUGCCGCUGAAAAACAUCCCCACAGCAUGAUACUGCUACCACCAUGCUUCACCGUAGGGAUGGUGCCAGGUUUCCUCCAGACAUGACGCUUUGCAUUCUUGGUUUCAUCAGACCAGAGAAUCUUGUUUCUCAGAGUCUUUUAGGUGCCUUUUGGCAAACUCCACGCGGGAUGUCAUGUGCCUUUUACUGCAGACAUGAUUGUCAUUCUGGAAGGUUCUCAGAUUCUGGAAGGUUCUUGGUCACCUCCCUGACCAAGGCCCUUCUCCUCUGAUUGCUCAGUUUGGCCAGGCAGCCAGCUCUAGGAAGAGUCUUGGUGGUUCCAAACUUAUUCCAUUUAAGAAUCAUGGAGGCCACUGUGUUCUUGGGGACCUUCAAUGCUGCAGAAAUAUUUUGGUACCUUUCCCCAGAUCUGUGCCUCGACACAAUCCUGUCUCGGAGCUCUACGGACAAUUCCUUCGACCUCAUGGCUUGGUUUUUGCUCUGACAUGCACUGUCAACUGUGGGACCUUAUAUAGACAUGUGUGUACCUUUCCAAAUCAUGUCCAAUCAAUUGAAUGUCCCACAGGUGGAAUCCAAUUAAGUUGUAGAAACAUCUCAAGGAUGAUCAAUGGAAACAGGACGCACCUGAACUCAAUUUUGAGUCUCAUAGGAAAGGCUCUGAAUACUUAUGUAAAUAAGGUAUUUCUGUUUUUAAUUUUUUAUACAUUUGAAAAAAUUAUAAAAACCUGUUUUUGCUUUGUCAUUAACGGGUAUUGUGUGUAGAUUAAUGAGGAACAUUUUAAAUUUAAUCCAUUUUAGAAUCAGGCUGUAAGGUAACAAAAUGUGGAAAAAGGGAAGGGGUCUGAAUAUUUUCCGAAUGCUCUGUAUGUACAUAUCUACCUCAAUUACCUCAUACCCCUGCACAUUGACUCGGUAGUGGUGUCCUGUGUAUGUAGCCAAGUUAUCGGUACUCAUUGUGUAUUUAUUAUUUUUGUCAUUUUUCUAUUAUUUCUAUUUGAUUCUCUCUGCGUUGUUGGGAAGUGCCCGUAAGUAAGCAUUUCACUGUUUACACCUGUUGUUUACCGAACAUGUGAAAUUUAAAAUUUGAUUUGAUACACCUUGUAAGUUGAACUGUAUCAAUUCACCUUUGACUUUAAAGCUCUGUUGCCUUACUGAGGAAUACAUUCCGUUGUUGCUGUUAAGGCCUAAUGAUUUGGGUGAAACUGCGUUGGUUUUAUUUUGUGGACAGUGGUUUGCUGUUGCCUGAUACUAAUGGUUAUCCCAUGGUUUUUGAGGGGCUGUUUAGAAUGGAGGUUUAGGUAAGGGAGCAUUGGUUGUAUGCCUGCGUCCACAGCAUCAGUAAGAUGUUUGCUUCACUAUUUGAGAGUUGUGACUGGGAUAGGCCUAACUGUUGGGUCUUCUCAUUCCACACACACACACACACACACACACACAGACACAGACACACACACACACAGACACACAGACACACACACAGACACACACACACAGACACACACACACACACACACACACACACACACACACACACACACACACACACACACACACACACACAGGGAUCUAUGUAAGAAUCGUAUAUUUCUAUGGGGAAGACACUCAACCGCUUAACCGCCCACUGCUUGGUUAGCUUGUUUAGUGCAUGGCGAUGCUCUGUGGUUGUUUGACCUUUUACACUUUGACGUAGAGAAACAUCAAUGAAACUAUACAGUCACAGACCAAGAGAACACGCUGAAAAUGGCACCGCGUGGUUCCCAUAUGUUCUGUCAGAGCUGACCUGGGUCAGGGCAUGGCGUGUGAACGAUUGUUGUGCACAGAUUUAGGGAAGAAAGCUGAGAAUUUGGGUUUUCUUCUUGAGCAGCUGGCACACAACAUCUCUGCAGAGAAUAACAACCGUCAGCCCAAUCAGUGGCUAUGGCAGACUCUUUCCCGACUCGCACCCCUUCAGAACUGUGUGGGUUUCUCCGCGCGCUCUGACGAAGCUCGAGAGAGAUCUCGAGCGCGCGCUACGGCGCAUGAUCAGAGCGCGAGAGCGGAGGGCGAGCGCGGAGGCGGCGCGCGCGCGCGCGAGCGGCGCACGCGGCGCGAGACGCGCAGCGAGCGCGCGAGAGGAAGAGCGACGAGAGAGCGCGCGCGCGCGAGCAGCGAGACAAGGAGCCGCGAGACAUCGAAGCGCGCGCGAGCUAAAUCGCCUCUCUCGCGCGAGAGCGGCGCUCGAUCGUAGCGCGCGUAGAGCAGAGCGAGGAGAGCGCGAGAGCGAGCGAGCGCGAGGGCGCGCGAGCACCGCGCGCGCGCGCAGAGCGGAGCGCGCAGACCAGCGAGAGACGACGCGAACGCGCGCGAGGCGAGAACCGCCGAGCCGCGAGCGGAGAGCGCUCUACCUCUCCUCUGCUCGAGAUCUAGAGACGCCUAGAGAGCGAUCGCAAUCUCUACCUCUCUCGUCUUCUCUCUAUCUCUCUCUCUUGUUUCUCUCUCUCUCUCGCUCUCUCUCUCUCUCUACUCUCUCUCUACUCUCUACCUCUCUCUCUCUUUUUCUCUCUUUCUCUUUCUCUCUCUCUCUCUCUCUCUCGCUCUCUCUCUCUCUCGCUCUCUCUCUCUACAGCUAGUUAUCUAAUUUGAAGAGGUCUAUUGUCUGGCUUGGAGUAGCUGCCUACCUUGAAAAGGGAUGAAAGGCAGGUAUGACGGCAGCAAUGACGCGCCCACAUGUCUGUAAACUAGGACACCAUCUUGGCCCGUGGUAGGCUAGCCUAUGUGAAACUGGACCGUGUCUCCUGGGACGUUUCCAUACAGCGCCCUCCCCACCCCCUCCUCCUUCACCGACCUACACACACACACUGUUCACUCACAAAUACACACGCAUACACACCCACACACUCUUCAUUUAUUGUCAAGGCUAGACACUCGAUGCUCCUCCACCUCCUCACCUUUACUCACUCAAACAUUGACCCCCCCCCCCCCCCCCCCGCCCCCCCCGUGCCUCUGCUAAUACACUCCAGACAGUGAGCUAGAACCCCCAGACAGACUAACAGACGCAUAGAGAGUGAACAUUCAUAGCAUGGUGAUCUCAUUGUCAUCGGAGUGAUGCUCCUGUGGCCUUUCAGCUCCCUGCACAUGGAUCCAUCCUGUGAGUGGCAGAGAUCAGUGUGGAUUUCUUUGGCAAAGGUGAGGAGGUGUUGAUGCUCCUGUGGUGGACUUUGGAUCUCUUCACCUGCUGUGUUGUCGGCUGUGAUGUCUGACGAUAGGACAUCAUCCAGGGAUUCUACAGCUUCAUUGGCAUAGGUCCAGCUGCAGUACAUUUAUGGCUCUGGGAAACGGAGAAUUGGUACAAUACAGGAUUGUUGACCUGAAACGUUGAAGGUGUUCUUUUUAAUAUGGAUUGGCUUGAAUAAUAAAUAUUUAAUUGUCUCUCAGCAAUAGGUCAGUGCAAUUUGUACUUUCACUUCCCGUAGGUCAUAUGACUUCCUGCUAUUUGGUGCCGUAAAUAGUUGCUAUUAUCUCCCGUUGUAAAAGGAAUCCAGACUUCAAUGAAUCCUGCUGGAUCACUCCUCCAUUGACAUCUUUACACAGUGUUCCACUUGGUAUGCGGCAAUUACUAAAGCACCACACUAAGACUAGCCACAGCACACAGGAAUUAAACCUUGGUUCAAAAGGGGAUUUGAUGACGUUGGGAUUUAGCAUCAUUAAAGCCAACGAUUUAUCUGUAGCGUGUGCUGUGUGUCAGAGCGAGAGUGUGACGUGGAUUCGCUGCCCCUUGCCUCGGACGCCGCCACAGAUUUACUCACAUUCACUAUAUUUAUGGUAUCCCUUCCCCACACACAUGAUCCAUUUAUUCACCAUCAUCUCUUUUCUCUUUGCUCUGCGUUCAAAGCCCCCUAUGGGGACGUACUGACUCUCUCUACGAUUACCACAGGGCUUAGGCUGCAAGACUUUUUAUUCCCAGCAGCUGGAUCAAGUAGCAAAAGUUACACAGGUGAAAGCACACAGCAGUCAAAUGUCACACUCCACCAGGUCCAUAUGAAUGAAUGAAUUUGGCUGACUCAUAUAAUCACAAAUGGGUGUGGAAAGGAGACGCUCUGGCUAUCGGGUGUGUUGAAACAGGAGUCACUCUGGCUAUCAGGUGUGUUGAAACAGGAGUCGCUCUGGCUAUCAGGUGUGUUGAAACAGGAGUCACUCUGGCUAUCAGGUGUGUUGAAACAGGAGUCGCUCUGGCUAUCAGGUGUGUUGAAACAGGAGUCGCUCUGGCUAUCGGGUGUGUUGAAACAGGAGUCACUCUGGCUAUCGGGUGUGUUGAAACAGGAGUCACUCUGGCUAUCAGGUGUGUUGAAACAGGAGUCACUCUGGCUAUCGGGUGUGUUGAAACAGGAGUCACUAGCUAUCAGGUGUGUUGAAACAGGAGUCACUGGCUAUCAGGUGUGUUGAAACAGGAGUCACUCUGGCUAUCAGGUGUGUUGAAACAGGAGUCACGCUGGCUAUCAGGUGUGUUGAAACAGGAGUCGCUCUGGCUAUCGGGUGUGUUGAAACAGGAGUCAAUCUGGCUAUCAGGUGUGUUGAAACAGGAGUCGCUCUGGCUAUCGGGUGUGUUGAAACAGGAGUCGCUCUGGCUAUCAGGUGUGUUGAAACAGGAGUCACUCUGGCUAUCAGGUGUGUUGAAACAGGAGUCACUCUGGCUAUCAGGUGUGUUGAAACAGGAGUCACGCUGGCUAUCAGGUGUGUUGAAACAGGAGUCGCUCUAGCUAUCGGGUGUGUUGAAACAGGAGUCACUCUGGCUAUCGGGUGUGUUGAAACAGGAGUCGCUCUAGCUAUCGGGUGUGUUGAAACAGGAGUCACUCUGGCUAUCGGGUGUGUUGAAACAGGAGUCACUCUGGCUAUCGGGUGUGUUGAAACAGGAGUCACUCUGGCUAUCGGGUGUGUUGAAACAGGAGUCACUAGCUAUCAGGUGUGUUGAAACAGGAGUCACUGGCUAUCAGGUGUGUUGAAACAGGAGUCACUCUGGCUAUCAGGUGUGUUGAAACAGGAGUCACUCUGGCUAUCGGGUGUGUUGAAACAGGAGUCGCUCUGGCUAUCGGGUGUGUUGAAACAGGAGUCACGCUGGCUAUCGGGUGUGUUGAAACAGGAGUCACUCUGGCUAUCAGGUGUGUUGACACAUGGCCUCUUCGUAGCGCUGUGCGUAGGCCUGUGGUAUCUAGUCAUCUAGUCGCUAUCUAGUACACUAGUCCGCGUACUCAAAACAUUUGCUGCUCUGCAGAAUGCUGGGUAAAGUGCCGGCUCGGCUCACAGUUUGGUGCUAGAACGUUGUGGCCAGGCACAUGAAACCGCCACCUUCCAGUCUGCUGUGUGUUGAUAUAUGAGCCCCCACAAGAGGAAAGGUUACACUAUUAGCCUUUGAAAACUGCAUUGUCAUUAGCUAAGGUAGCAUUUUCAGGACUUCCUCCUUUAGAUUCAAGAUAUGGGAUGAAUUAUGCCUGCAUAUUUAAGAUGACUCUUUAAUUGUUGCAAGGUGAGCAAUGUAGAGCAUUGUAUUGUAAAAUAUCUUGAGUAGUGAUUUGCCUAAUGCGAUUGAGUAGGUCCUAAAACAUCUUAUCAACCCUGUCUGAGGUAAUGUUAUUUAGCAUUACAUAAUCCUAAGCUUGAGUCAUUUGCUACAGUUGCCUCUCAUUUUCUUUGAUUGUUAUGACAAGUCGGCUUUAAGGCCUGGUUGGCGUUUUAACACAGACCAAACCAACUCAUUCCCCUUCAUUCUGUAGUUUUCGCUCUGUUGAUACUAUCAGCUAGCCAGACUGCCGCUAACACUAAAACACAGCAGAUUUGAAAUGAGAGACUACAGUAACUCAAUAGGAAUGAUCUCCACUUGGCACUGCCGCUGCCCUCCGUAGCGGUGGUAGUUUUAGUAUUUUAUUGACAUUCUAUUUUCUUCAGGUUUUUAAGCAUUAGUCAAAUCUAGUCUGUUUUUAGCCUCCGACCCAAUGUAAUCAAUGGAAAUGUAAACCAUGAGGAGGAUAUGUGUUCUACUCCAUUACAAGCUGUAAUAGCUGGAUCAAUGAACUAUUACCACCAGAGUGUAGACAUCCAUCAACAUUAUGGCCCUUCACGUCCCAUUACAGAACAACUCUGGGUCUGACCUGAAACUCACUGAAGGGACAGUUGGAGUCGUUGUGUUGUCUUCCAAACAAACUAGUUGGUUAUUUCUUCUGAUUUAAUGUUGACCUCUGGUUAACGGCCAGUUCAUCUACUCUAAUGUCAACCAUUUACUUCCCUCAGCCGAACAGUCACUUUAAUCUUUUCUCUUCCACUUGACUACAAAGGAGGCUUGUUUUUUUCACAAACGGUCUCUUCUGCUUCCUCUAGGUGACGGCAUGCCAAAGGAAAGCAGUCCGUUCAUAAACAACACAGAACAUGACAAAGGGAAUCUAUACGAUGGGAAGAACAUGGCCCUCUUCGAGGUAACUGUCAACAUCCAAUACCCUUGAUUUAUAGAUAAUGUUAUCUGUGGUGUAUUUAAUAUGACCUUUGACCUAGGCUGUUGAUGAUGGGUUAAAUGUGAAGAAAGGGGCGUUCCCUGUCAUGCCUAUGCUCUCUGGGGUAGCGAGCCCUUAUACUAAAUCCUAUUAAUAAUGUGAAUUAUGGACUAUGAAAUCUAUUUCUACUUCUCUACUAUAAUUCACUCCAGCAAAACUAUUCCAAAUCUUAUUUGAUUUGUGUACAAUUUUUACAUUCCUCUGGAUCAUUUCACCCACCACUCCUCCUGUUAUGAGGGUUAUUUCACUGACCCUUAUGCAGAGAGCAUGCAUGCAUGCAUGCCAAGAUGUGUUAGGACACUUUUUUGUGUUAAGGUCUUUGUUUUGCUUCACAGGAAGAGAUGGACAGCAACCCCAUGGUGUCCUCGCUGCUCAACAAGUUGGCCAACUACACCAACCUCACCCAGGGGGUCAAAGAGCACGAGGAAGCAGAUGAUGACGAGGGGCCAGCCAAGAGUAAGAAACCAGUCAAGGUGUGGACAACAAUGUUUUUCAAUUCCAGAUACACUUUUAGUGACACAAGUCAACUUCUAAGCACAACAGACUCCUACACUCUGAUAGUGGUGAUAAUGACAAGGCAAAUAUAAUCCUCCCAACGUGUGGGUGUUCUCCAGUGUGGAGGAAAUAGCCUGGCUUAGACUGUCCGUAUAUAGGACAGCCCAUUGUUUCAAGUCUAUAAAUGUCCUCACUUGGUUAGUGUAUCCCAUCUUACAUAUUUACUGUUGAUUUAAUGGUGCCCUUUAAAAACUGCUGAAUAAAUGAUUCCAGAACAGGGUCUUUGACCAGAGCAAACAUUCAGUGUGCAGCACGAAGGACAUGUAAACAUGCUCACUUUGUUUGCCUGCGUGAGCUACAGUGUAAUUGAUCAUUGUUGGCUUUAUAUUUUUUAUGCUUCAAGCAAGCCACCACUACACCCUCCCCUAAAGCCACCACCACACCCUCCCCUAAAGCCACCACCACACCCUCCCAUAAAGCCACCACCACACCCUAUCCCCUAAAGCCACCACCCACACCUCCCUAUACAGCCACCACUACACCCUCCCCUAAAUCCACCACCACCACCCUUCCCAUAAAUCCACCCACCAACCAUCCCCCUAAAGCCCACCACCACCACCCUCCCCUAAAGCCAACACCCUCCUUAAAGCCACCAACUACACCCUCCCCUAAAUCCCACCACCAACACCCUCCCAUAAAGGCCACACUCCACCCCUCCACUACAUCCACCACCACAUCCUCCCCUAAAGCCAACCACCACAACCCUCCCCAAUUAAUAGCCGACACCACUUUACACCCUUCCCAUGAAAGCCCACACCCACACCCUCCCCUAAGCCCACCACCACAACCCUCCCCUAAAGCCACCACCACACCCUCCCAUGAAAGCCACCAACCACACCCUCCCAUUAAACGCCACCCCCCACGCCUCCCAUAAAGCCACACACUUACACCCCUUCCCCCUCUAAGCCACCCCCACUAACCCCCUCCCCUCAAUCCACCACUUACACCCCUCCCAUAAAGCCACCACCACACCCUCCCAUAAAGCCACCACCACACCCUCCCCUAAAGCCACCACCACACCCUCCCCUAAAGCCACCACCACACCCUCCCAUAAAGCCACCACCACACCCUCCCCUAAAGCCACCACUACACCCUCCCAUAAAGCCACCACUACACCCUCCCAUAAAGCCACCACUACACCCUCCCCUAAAGCCACCACCACACCCUCCCAUAAAGCCACCACCACACCCUCCCAUAAAGCCACCACCACACCCUCCCAUAAAGCCACCACUACACCGUCCAAUAAAGGCAUCACACCAACACAACAUCAAAAACACAUGCAUCUCAUAUUUCUCACAGAAAGUUGAUGUCUUGUGGAAGUGUGGCCAAAAUAGCAAGUAGUGAAUGCAGGUCUGUGUCCGAAAUGUUACCCUAUUGAUACACCACCAGAGCUAUAUACAGUGAGGGGGGAAAAGUAUUUGAUCCCCUGCUGAUUUUGUACGUUUGCCCACUGACAAAGACAUGAUCAGUCUAUAAUUUUAAUGGUAGGUCUAUUUGAACAGUGAGAGACAGAAUAACAACAACAAAAUCCAGAAAAACGCAUGUCAAAAAUGUUAUAAAUUUAUUUGCAUUUUAAUGAGGGAAAUAAGUAUUUGACCCCUCUACAAAACAUGACUUAGUACUUGGUGGCAAAACCCUUGUUGGCAAUCAGAGGUCAGACGUUUCUUGUAGUUGGCCACCAGGUUUGCACACAUCUCAGGAGGGAUUCUGUUCCACUCCUCUUUGCAGAUCUUCUCCAAGUCAUUAAGGUUUCGAGGCUGAUGUUUGGCAACUCGAACCUUCAGCUCCCUCCACAGAUUUUCUAUGGGAUUAAGGUCUGGAGACUGGCUAGGCCACUCCAGGACCUUAAUGUGCUUCUUCUUGAGCCACUCCUUUGUUGCGUUGGCCGUGUGUUUUGGGUCAUUGUCAUACUGGAAUACCCAUCCACGACCCAUUUUCAAUGCCCUGGCUGAGGGAAGGAGGUUCUCACCCAAGAUUUGACGGUACAUGGCCCCGUCCAUCGUCCCUUUGAUGCGGUGAAGUUGUCCUGUCCCCUUAGCAGAAAAACACCCCCAAAGCAUAAUGUUUGUCGGAGGGGAUGGUGUUCUUGGGGUCAUAGGCAGCAUUCCUCCUCCUCCAAACACGGCGAGUUGAGUUGAUGCCAAAGAGCUCCAUUUUGGUCUCAUUUGACCACAACACUUUCACCCAGUUCUCCUCUGAAUCAUUCAGAUGUUCAUUGGCAAACUUCAGACGGCCCUGUAUAUGUGCUUUCUUGAGCAGGGGGACCUUGCGGGCGCUGCAGGAUUUCAGUCCUUCACGGCGUAGUGUGUUACCAAUUUUUUUUUGGUGACUAUGGUCCCAGCUGCCUUGAGAUCAUUGACAAGAUCCUCCCGUGUAGUUCUGGGCUGAUUCCUCACCGUUCUCAUGAUCAUUGCAACUCCACAAGGUGAGAUCUUGCAUGGAGCCCCAGGCCAAGGGAGAUUGACAGUUAUUUUGUGUUUCUUCCAUUUGCGAAUAAUCGCACCAACUGUUGUCACCUUCUCACCAAGCUGCUUGGCGAUGGUCUUGUAGCCCAUUCCAGCCUUGUGUAGGUCUACAAUCUUGUCCCUGACAUCUUUGGAGAGCUCUUUGGUCUUGGCCAUGGUGGAGAGUUUGGAAUCUGAUUGAUUGUUUGCUUCUGUGGACAGGUGUCUUUUAUACAGGUAACAAGCUGAGAUUAGGAGCACUCCCUUUAAGAUUGUGCUCCUAAUCUCAGCUCGUUACCUAUAUAAAAGACACCUGGGAGCCAGAAAUCUUUCUGAUUGAGAGGGGGUCAAAUACUUAUUUCCCUCAUUAAAAUGCAAAUCAAUUUAUAACAUUUUUGACAUGCGUUUUUCUGGAUUUUUUUGUUGUUAUUCUGUCUCUCACUGUUCAAAUAAAUGUACCAUUAAAAUUAUAGACUGAUCAUUUCUUUGUCAAUGGGCAAACGUACAAAAUCAGCAGGGGAUCAAAUACUUUUUUCCCUCACUGUAUGAGAUAGGGUGCCAGGUCUGGGGCUCCUGAGUGGCGCAGUGGUCUAAGGCACUGCAUCACAGUGCUAACUGUGCCACUAGAGAUCCUGGUUCGAAUCCAGGCUCUGUCGCAGCCGGCCGCGACCGGGAGACUCAUGGGCGACGCACAAUUGGCCCAGCGUUGUCCAGGGUAGGGGAGGGAAUGGCCGGCAGGGAUGUAGCUCAGUUGAUAGAGUAUGGCGUUUGCAACGCCAGGGUUGUGGGUUCGAUUCCCACGGGGGGCCAGUAUAAAAAAAAAAAUGUAUUCACUAACUGUAAGUCGCUCUGGAUAAGAGCGUCUGCUAAUUGACUAAAAUGUAAAUGUAAAAAAUGUCUGCGUGUGUUGCGUAAUAGACCGAGCAAAGUACCUCCUCCUGAGACCGUGUGAUAGUUGAAGGGGCCUGUGGGUCCUUGGGGUGAAAGCAUGAUUUAUAAUCAUUCAAGCAAUCUAUUUUUCUACUGGGCUGAAUUUAUUUGGUGUUCUGUUGCUUUAUCUGGUGCUGUUUAUCUGGUGUUGUCCUUUUAAGAACACAAGGCCUCAUUCUCUUACAUAUGUCUGACACAAACAACCCAGGCCUUCUAUACGUCUCCUCCCACAGUUCCAGCCUGGAGAAACCUUUUAUUAAGUUGUUGUUGUCCUACACCAGUUUGUUGCUUAAAAUCCAAAGAAAAUACCCACUGUCCAACAAUGUUUUCCAAGUUGUGCGGGAAUUCCACAGUAACCACAAACCCUUUCCCAUGCCAGUUGCCCCAUCACAUUUUCUGCACGGAGACCAGAUGGGCAUCUCCAAUUGGUCUCAAGAGUGCCUAGGAUGGAGCGAAAGGGGGCAAAGUUGACACCUCUUUCCUGUCCUCCCCUCUCGGACCACGAUCAGUGGGACUUUCCUUUUGGUUUAGAUUGAGAGAUGGUCAAAAAGGUAGCUACCACUUUGGACAAAUAGGGGAUGGUACUCUAUUGGGACAAUUUUAACAAUUGUGGUGCCCCCUUUAUGAGCUGUUUGCGAAACUUCCCUUUUGAUGGAAUGGACCUGUGAGGGUGAUGCCUGUGAUACAAGUUCUGGAAAGUUCCAUCACGGUACAGGGUGGGACUGUUUGCUUCACUGUACAUUUAUUGGAGUAUCGAUGGUGGAUUUGGGAUGCCUUGCCCUUCAGAUUUAAUUCUAAAUGUCCUUUUUCUAGAACUUUUGAAAUUAUAGAGUUGCUAUGAGGUUAAAAUACAGACUGUCAGCUUUAAUUUGAGGGUAUUUCCAUCCAUGUCAGGUGAACCGUUUAGAAAUUACAGCACUUUUUGUACAUAGUCCCAACAUUUUAGGGGACCAAAAGUAUUGGGACAAAUUCACUUAUGUGUAUUAAAAGUAGUAAAAAGUUAAGUAUUUGGUCCCAUAUCCAAGUGGGGUAACAUCCACAGCAAGAACCGGCAAAUCUGGUGCAGUCCAUGAGGAGGAGAAGCACUGCAGUACUUAAUGCAGCUGGUGGCAACACCAGAUACCUUUGUUCAGGGACACAUUAUUCAAUUUCUGUUAGUCACGUGUCUGUGGAACUUGUUCAGUUUAUGUCUCAGUUGUUGAAUCUUAUGAUCAUACAAAUAUUUACACAUGUUAAGUUUGCUGAAAAUAAACGCAGUUGACAGUGAGAUGACGUUUCUUUUUUUUUGCUGAGUUUAUUAUACAUUUCUUUCAGCCAAUCAUCAGUCAUUUGUGUCAUUGCAUUACAUGUUGAGUGCCCUUCUCUAUAAGCAUGCUGAAAGCCUGAUGUUAAUGGUUCAUGAAAAGAAACCUGUGUUCAAGCUAUAAUGACUAGAGUCCCUUUUUUAGUAAAAGCAUUUUCUGAUGCUUUUCGCUCGUUGUGCAUUUUGUUCUAAUAGGCAGUGGGUGGGAUGUUGGCUAGCCCAGCAUUCUGAGCAAUAUGAUAGUUAGGUGGUACGCUAUGGUGGUGGAUGGGAUUACCAAUAUACAGUGCAUUCAGAAAGUAUUCAGACCCCUUCACUUUUUCCACAUUUUGUUUUAUUUUACAAUCUACACACAAUACCCCAUAAUGACAAAGUGCAAACAGGUUUUUUAGAAAUUAUUGCAAAUUAAUUACAAAAUAAAAAACAGAAAUACCUUAUUUACAUAAGUAUUCAGACCCUUUGCUAUGAGACUUGAAAUUGAGCUCAGGUGCAUCCUGUUUCCAUUGAUCAACCUUGAGAUGUUUCUACAACUUGAUUGUAGUCCAUCUGUGGUAGUUUGAAUUGAUUGGACAUGAUUUGGAAAGACACACACCUCUCUAUACACUGUGUGCACAAUUAUUAGGCAAGUUGUAUGUUUGAGGAUUAAUUUUAUUAUUGAACAACUACAGUGCUCUCGGUCAAUCCAAAAUGUUAAUAAACCUCAAACCUGAAUAUUUAAGAAAGUAAAAGUGAGGUUUUGGCUUUCUUUGGAGAAUAUAUAUGUGUGCACAAUUAUUGGGCAACUAAAUGAAAAACAAAAAGUUCCCCAUCUCACUUGUUUAUUUUCAUCUGUUAAAGUGAGAAUAAUAAACAAACAACUCCAAAUGUACAAAUAAACAUUUUUAAAAAAAAUCAGUGACCAAUAUAGCCACCCUUCUUUUCAAUAACAGUCAUAAGCCUUCCAUCCAUGGAGUCUGUCAGUUUCUUGAUCUGUUGACGAUCAACUUUUUGUGCAGCAGCAACCACAGCCUCCCAGACACUGGUCAGAGAGGUGUACUGUUUUACUUCACCGUAAAUCAACCGUUUAAGGAGGGACCACAAGUUCUCAAUAGGGUUUAGGUCAGGUGAGGAAGGGGGCCAUGUCAUUAUUCUUUCAUCUUUAAGGCCUUUACUGGCUAGCCACGCAGUGGAGUACGAUGCAUGCGAUGGAGCUUUGUCCUGCAUAAAAAUCAUGGUCUUCUUGAAAGAUGCAGACUUUUUCCUGUACCACUGCUUGAAGAAAGUGUCUUCUAAAAACUGGCAGUAGGUUUGGGAGUUGAGUUUGAGUCCAUCUUCAACCCGAAAAGGUCCAACUAGCUCAUCUUUAAUAAUACCAGCCCAUACCAGUACCCCACCUCCACCUUGCUGGCGUCUGAGUCGAAGUGGAGCUCCGUGCCCGUUACUAGAAUAUGACAGCACUGGAGGAUAAUGGGUUCCUGGUAGCUUCACGUUUGAUUCUUCUCAAAUCCUUGGCAGUUAAUUUGCGUCUUUUUUUCUCAACACGGUUCUUGCGACCCUGUUGACUAUUUGCAACAAAACGUUUGAUGGUUCUGUGAUCACGCCCCAAUAUCUUAGCAAUUUCAAGAGUGCUGCAUCCCUCUGAAAUACUUUUUACAAUUUGUGACUUUUCAGAGUCAGUUAAAUCUAUUUUUUGGCCCAUUUUGCCUGAGGAAAAGAAGCUGCCUAAUAAUUAUACACACCUUGAUAUAGGGUGUUGAUCUCCUUAGGCCACACCCUCCCUCAUUACACAAAGACACAUCACCUGAUACGCUUAAAUCCAAUAAGCAUUCCAGUUUAUACAGCUUGGAGUUGGGAAAUAUGCAUAAUAAUGAUGAUAUGGUCAAAAUACUGACUUGCCUAAUAAUUGUGCACACAGUGUAUAAGGUCCCACAGUUGACAGUGCAUGUCAGAGCAAAAACCAAGCCAUGAGGUCGAAGGAAUUGUCCGUAGAGCUCCGAGACAGGAUUGUGUCGAGGCACAGAUCUGGGGAAGGGUACAAAAACAUUUCUGCAGCAUUGAAGGUCCCCAAGAACACAGUGGUCUCCAUUCUUAAAUGGAAGAAGUUUGGAACCACCAAGACUCUUCCUAGAGCUGGCAGCCUGGCCAAACUGAGCAAUCGGGGGAGAAGGGCCUUGGUCAGGGAGGUGACCAAGAACCCAAUGGUCACUCUGACAGAGCUCCAGAGUUCCUCUGUGGAAAUGGGAGAACCUUCUAGAAGGACAACCAUCUCUGCAGCACUCCACCAAUCAGGCCUUUAUGGUAGAGUAGCCAGACGGAAGCCACUCCUCAGUAAAAGGCACAUGACAGCCCGCUUGGAGUUUGCCAAAAGGCACCUAAAGGACUCUGACCAUGAGAAAGAAGAUUCUGUGGUCUGAUGAAACCAAGAUUGAACUAUUUGGCCUGCAUGCCAAGCGUCACAUCUGGAGGAAACCAGCCACCGCUCAUCACCUGGCCAAAACCAUCCCUACGGUGAAGCAUGGUGGUUGCAGCAACAUGCUGUGGGGAUGUUUUUCAGCGGCAGGGACUGGGAGACUAGAUGAACGCAGCAAAGUACAGAGUGAUCCUUGAUGAAAACCUUCCAACGGGACAACAACCCUAAGCACACAGCCAAGACAACGCAGGAGUGGCUUCGGGGACAAGUCUCUGAAUGUCUUUGUGGCCCAGCCAUAGCCGGGACUUGAAUCCAAUCAAACAUCUCUGGAGAGACCUGAAAAUAGCUGUGCAGCGACGCUCCCCUUCCAACCUGACAGAGUUUGAGAGGAUCUGCAGAGAAGAAUGGGAGAAACUCGCCAAAUACAGGUGUGCCAAGCUUGUACCAUCAUACCCAAGAAGACUUGAGGCUGUAAUUGGUGCCAAAGGUUCUUUCAAUAAAUUUCAAAAACCUGUUUUUUUCUUUGUCAUUAUGGGUUAUUGUGAGUAGAUUGAUGAGGGGGGAAAAAACAAUUUAAUCCAUUUUAGAAUAAGGCUGUAACGUAACAAAAUGUGGAAAAAGUCAAGGGGUCUGAAUACUUUCCGAAUGCACUGUAUAAUGUAAAGUGUCAUGACACCUAAUGAAAAGCAAUUUCUUAAAUGUAAUCUAUAAAUAAUUACUAGUUGACGCUUGAGACACAAUCACGCCGUCUGUUGGUUGAAGGAUUGAUAACUGACUACUUAUUGACCUCCUGCGCUCUCUCCUUCUCAUCGCUCCCUCCUCUCACUCUCCUCUCACUCUCCCUCCUCUCACUCUCCUCUCCCUCCUCUCACUCUCCGCUCACUCUCCCUCCUCUCUCCCUCCACAGAGUCCCGCGUUGGGCACGUUAAUUGGGGUGUACCUGCCCUGCCUGCAGAACAUCCUGGGGGUCAUCCUGUUCCUGCGUCUCACCUGGAUCGUGGGCACCGCCGGCAUCAUGGAGACCCUUGCCAUUGUGGUCAUGACCUGCUCCUGUGUAAGGAAUAUAUGAUAAUAUUGCUAUUUGUGACCCACCACCUGGAUUCAGUCCCUAUACAGUGAGGGAAAAAAGUAUUUGAUCCCCUGCUGAUUUUGUAAGUUUGCCCACUGACAAAGAAAUGAUCAGUCUAUAAUUUUAAUGGUAGGUUUAUUUGAACAGUGAGAGACAGAAUAACAACAAAAAAAUGUCCAAAAUGUUAUAAAUGUAUUUUGCAUUUUAAUGAGGGAAAUAAGUAUUUGACCCCUCUGCAAAACAUGACUUAGUACUUGGUGGCAAAACCCUUGUUGGCAAUCACAGAGGUCAGACGUUUCUUGUAGUUGGCCACCAGGUUUGCACACAUCUCAGGAGGGAUUUUGUUCCACUCCUCUUUGCAGAUCUUCUACAAGUCAUUAAGGUUUCGAGGCUGACGUUUGGCAACUCGAACCUUCAGCUCCCUCCACAGAUUUUCUAUGGGAUUAAGGUCUGGAGACUGGCUAGGCCACUCCAGGACCUUUAAUGUGCUUCUUCUUGAGCCACUCCUUUGUUGCCUUGGCCGUGUGUUUUGGGUCAUUGUCAUGCUGGAUAACCCAUCCACGACCCAUUUUCAAUGCCCUGGCUGAGGGAAGGAGGUUCUCACCCAAGAUUUGGCCCGUCCAUCAUCCCUUUGAUGCGGUGAAGUUGUCAUGUCCCCUUAGCAGAAAAACACCCCCAAAGCAUAAUGUUUCCACCUCCAUGUUUGACGGUGGGGAUGGUAUUCUUGGGAUCAUAUGCAGCAUUCCUCCUCCUCCAAACACGGCGAUUUGAGUUGAUGCCAAAGAGCUCGAUUUUGGUCUCAUCUGACCACAACACUUUCACCCAGUUCUCCUCUGAAUCAUUCAGAUGUUAAUUGGCAAACUUCAGACGGUCCUGUAUAUGUGCUUUCUUGAGCAGGGGGACCUUGCGGGCGCUGCAGGAUUUCAGUCCUUCACGGUGUAGUGUGUUACCAUUUGUUUUCUUGGUGACUAUGGUCCCAGCUGCCUUGAGAUCAUUGACAAGAUCCUCCCGUGUAGUUCUGGGCUGAUUCCUCACCGUUCUCAGGAUCAUUGCAACUCCACGAGGUGAGAUCUUGCAUAGAGCCCCAGGCCGAGGGAGAUUGACAGGUCUUUUGUGUUUCUUCCAUUUGCGAAUAAUCGUACCAACUGUUGUCACCUUCUCACCAAGCUGCUUGGCGAUGGUCUUGUAGCCCAUUCCAGCCUUGUGUAGGUCUACAAUCUUGUCCCUGACAUCCUUGGAGUGCUCUUUGGUCUUGGCCAUGGUGGAGAGUUUGGAAUCUGAUUGAUUGAUUGCUUCUGUGGACAGGUGCUUUUAUACAGGUAACAAGCUGAGAUUAGGAGCACUCCCUUUAAGAGUGUGCUCCUAAUCUCAGCUCGUUACCUGUAUAAAAGACACCUUGGAGCCAGAAAUCUUUCUGAUUGAGAGGGGGUCAAAUACUUAUUUCCCUCAUUAAAAUGCAAAUCAAUUUAUAACAUUUUUGACAUAUGUUUUUCUGGAUUUUUUUGUUGUUAUUCUGUCUCUCUCUGUUCAAAUAAACCUACCAUUAAAAUUAUAGACUGAUCAUUUCUUUGUCAGUGGGCAAACUUACAAAAUCAGCAGGGGAUCAAAUACUUUUUUCCCUCACUGUAUAGCAAAAUUUGAAAUUUAGUUUUUAACAUUGGAUAAAAGUAGAGACUCCGAGCUAGAAAAUUGUAUAUCAUACACUGCAGUUGAGGAACAAUGGGAAAGUAAUUCUGCUUUGAAUGUUGAUAAACUUGUAACCCCCCUUUUGAGAAAAUGGCCUGUGAAUGUUUUGGUACACCUACUGGAGAGCUCUUCUUUGUCUACACCCAUUCAGUGUCGUUCACACCCUCUUAAGCCUUAGCCCCACCCAUCUCUUUAAGGAUUCACAGUGUAGACGAAACGUGGUGAAAGUAGUAGCAAAAACGAACGUUGUCUAGUCCUUGACCUAUAUCCUAAUCUGACUUUGGUGCAGGUCAUGUUGAUCUUCACAUUACCGUCUCUGGUAAAUACACACUAUAUCAAAUAAAAUCUACGUUUAUUUGUCACAGGAUACAGAAGGUGUAAACGGUACAGUGAAAUAGUUACUUGCAUAGUGGAGUCUUUUGUUUAGACAUGUAGCCAGCUAGCUAAACAAUGAACCAUAAUCCCAACUCUAAUGCCACGUUCAAAACAACUGGGAACUCGGAAAUCUCAGACUUCCGAGCAUUCAACUGGGAACUUGGGGAAAAAAACGAGCUCCGACUGGGGAAAAAUCUAUUUGAACGGUCAUCCAACUUGGAAUUCCAACUCGGGAACACAGGCCUCUUUCUAAAGCUCAGACUUUCCGACCUGAAGAUCACUGACAUCAUGAUUUGACCUCAUAUUUUUCCAAGUUCCCAGUUGUUUUGAACGCAGCAAUACUACCAUGCAUGAAUCUGCAGGUAGCUAAAGCUAACCAACAAGUUCAUUAGUCUAUAACUAGAAAUGCAAAUGGUUUCUUCUUUCUGUGUUCUCUUUUUGGACUCUCUGCAUUUGGCAAUCAUCUCUCUGCUUCCACUGAUUUCAAAACUCGGUGAACUUCUUCCGUGACAACGACACCGUUUCCCCCCCACCAUUGUCAUCAGAAGACUCUACAAUGUCUGGUUCAAUGAAAAUGUUUUUACUUAAGUCAGGGAUUUCCUCAUUGUCGGAUUAAUUUUAAAUCAAAUGUUAUUGAUCACAUGCAGAUGUUAUUGCGGGUGUAGCGAAAUGCUUGUGUUCUUAGCGCCAACAGUGCAGUAGUAUCUAACAAUUCACAACAAUACACACAAAUCUAAAAGUAAAAUAAUGGAAUUAAGAAAUAUAUAAAUAUUAGGACGAGCAAUGUCGGAGUGGCAUUGAUUAGAAUACAGUACAUACUGUACAUAUGAAAUGAGUAAAGCAGUAUGUAAACGCUAUUAAUGUGACUAGUAUUCCAUUAUUAAAGUGACCAGUGAUUCCAUGUCAAUGUACAUAGGGCAGCAGACUCUAUGGUGCAGGGUUGCGUAACCGGGUUGUAGCCGGCUAGUGAUGGCUAUUUAACAGGGCGGCAGGAAGCUUAGUGAUUAAGAGCGUUGUGCCAGUAACCGAAAGGUCGCUGGUUCUAAUCCCCGAUCCGACUAGGUGAAAAAUCUGUCGAUGUGCCCUUGAGCGAAGCACUUAACCCUAAUUGCUCCUGUAAGUCGCUCUGGAUAAGAGCGUGUAUUUUUUUUAUUAUUUUUUUAAAAAGUCAUUUAGCAGUCUGGUGGCAUUGAGAUAGAAGCUGUUUUUCAGUCUCUCUGUCCCAGCUUUGAUGCACCUGUACUGACCUCUUCUUCUGGAUGAUGGCGGGGUUAACAGGCCGUGGCUCAGGUGGUUGAUGUCAGUGAUGAUCUUUUUGGCCUUCCUGUGACAUCGGGUGCUGUAGGUUUCCUGGAGGGCAGGCAGUGUGCCCCUGGUGAUGCGUUGGGCAGACCGCACUACCUUCUGGAGAGCCCUGCGGUUGCGGCCGGUGCAGUUGCCGUACCAGGCGGUGAUACUGCCCGACAGGAUGCUCUCAAUUGUGCAUCUGUAAAAGUUUGUGAGGGUCGUUGGGGCCAAGCCGAAUUUCUUCAGCCUCCUGAGGUUGAAGUGGCGCUGUUGCGCCUUCUUCACCACACUGUCUGUGUGGGUGGACAAUUUCAGAUGGUCAGUGAUGUGUACGCCAAGGAACUGUAAACUUUUCACCUUCUCCACUGCGGUCCCGUGGAUGAGGGCGUGCUCCCUCUGCUGUCACCUGAAGUCGACGAUCAGCUCCUUCAUUUUGUUAGGGUGAGGUUAUUUUCCUGGCACCACUCCGCCAGGGCCCUCACCUCCUCCCUGUAGGCCAGGGUUCUUCAAUUCCGGUCCUGGAGGGCCGAGACACCUCUGUUUUUCAUCCUCUCCUUCUAAUCAGGGGCUAAUUCAGACCUGGGACACCAGGUGAGUGCAAUUAACUACCAGGUAGAAAUAAAAAACAGAAGUGUUUCGGCCCUCCAGGACUUGAAGAAGAAUUGAAGAACCCUGCUGUAGGCGGUCUCGUCAUUGUUGGUAAUCAUGCCUACUAUUGUUGUGUCGUCUGCAAACUUGAUGAUUGAGUUGGAGGCGUGCAUGGCCACGCAGUCAUGGGUGAACAGGGAGCACAGGAGGGGGCUGAGCACUCACCCUUGUGGGGCCCCUGUGUUGAGGAUCAGCGUAGUGGAGGUAUUGUUUCCUACCUUCACCACCUGGGGGCGCCCUGUAAGGAAGUCCAUGUAAGGAAUAUACAUGCCUGUGACUAUAACCAAAAAAUAAUUAUCUUGGGAGGUAAUACGGUCGGCAUUUGAUUGUGAGUUGUUCUAGGUUGGGUGAACAAAAGGACUUGAGUUCCUGUACGUUAUCACAAUCACACCAUGAGUAGUUAAUCAUGAAACAUACUUAUUCCUGUCUGCGCGAUGUACUGAAAGCCAGCUGGCUGUAUGGACGGGGACAGUAUAUCCUGACCAUGACGAUUUUCAGAGUCAGAGAGAGUCAGCAUGGCACGAUCAUCCUCCAGAAAGUAGUUCAAAGUAGUCCAUCACAACUUUUUCCCACUGAGCUUUGUCGAUAGCAUAACUUCAGGGCAGCAAUGUUGAGAGCGGUAACAAAACUUUUUCAGUUCUUCAUGAUAUCUUUCAAAAACAGCCAUGAUGGGAAGGAUUAUCCACACAUACUGAGCAGCUCAUGUUAUAGACAGAAGCAUUCUACAUGGUAGACCAAUCCAAACUUCCAUCUCUCAGCAUGUCCAGAACAUCCAUAAUCUCAGCCAAUCAUUGCUCGAGGGAAGGUUCCUGUAUUUUUCCGUAGCUUAACCAACCAGGCUCAUAAUUUAACAAUUGUAUUCAUAUUUACAGAUGGCAUACACGUUUGUUAUUAAGGCACAUGAAAGUUCCAGAAGGCAUUUUGGCAACAAAAAAAAACAUUCAAAUGCCUCUCCUGUGAAGUAGUGACGUGCCUAGUUUCUUCCAACGGGUCACAUUUAUCCAAAGCGACUUACAGUCAUGCAUGCAUACAUUUUACGUAUGGGUGGUCUCGGGAAUCGAACCCACUAUCCUGGCGUUGCAAGCGCCAUGAGCGACCAACUGACCUACAGCAGACCACUACCCAACCAGAGUCUGAAGACCAUGAUCGGUUGAACCAUGAUCGGCCUACACACACUGCACACCCACCAUAGCCCUCCAUGACUGCAGAUGCCCAUCCCUUUGAACUCUAUGGACCAAAUGUUGACUGUGAUACUAAAAGAAGCAUGUAUUUAAUUCAAAACCUCUCAUUAUGCAACAUUUUACAAAAUCUUAUCAAAGUUUGACAGAUUAGCAAAUUAGCAUAUGUUAAAGCAGGUGCAGUGACAUGCCUGUGUUUUUGCUCCAGCAGUGUCUAACAGUACAAUACCAAUACACAAAUAAUUCCCCCCUAGAAAAAAGAAGAAACAAAAAAUUCAGAAAUAUCAGAACGAGCACUUCUUGAGAAGGAUGUGAUCAUUGAUGUGAAUACUAACAGCAUUCAGAAAGUAUUCACACCCUUUAUUAUUUCCACAUUUUGUUGUUACAGCCUGAAUUUAAAAUUGAUUAAAUUGAGAUUUUGUGCCACUGAUCUGCACACAAUACCCGAUUUUAAUUUCAAAGUGGAAUUUUGUUUGUAGACAUUUUUUGCAAUUAAUGGAAAAAAGUGAAGCUGAAUUGUCUUGAGUGAAUAAUUAUUCAACUCCUCGUUAUGGCAAGCAUAAAUAAGUUCAGGAGUAAAAAUGUGCUUAACAAAUCGCAUAAUAAGUUGCAUGGACUCAUUCCAUGUUCAAUAAUGGUGGUUAACAUGAUUUUUGAAUGACUACCCCAUCGCUGUACCCCACACAUACAAUUAUCUGUAAGAUCCUUCAAUUGAGUAGUGAAUUUCAAGCACAAAUUCAACCACAAAUACCAGGGAGGUUUUUCAAUUCAUCCCAAAGAAGGGCACAGAUUGGUAGAUCUGUGUAAAAAAAUUAAAAAAGAUAUAAAAAAAUAACAGACGCUCAAUAUCCCUUUGAGCAUGGUGAAAUUAUUAAUUAGACUUUGGAUGGUGUAUCAAUACACCCAGUCACUAAAAAGAUACAGGCACCCUUCUAACUCAGUUGCCGGAGAGGAAGGAAACUGCUCAGGGAUUUCACCGAGGCCAAUGGUGAUUUUAAAACAGUUAGAGUUUUAAUGGUUGUGAUAUGAGAAAACUGAGGACAACAUUGUAGUUACUCCACAAUACUAACCUAAAUGACAGAGUGAAAAGAAGGAAGCCUUUACAGAAUAAAAAUGUUCCAAAACAUGCAUCCUGUUUUCAACAAGGCACUUAAGUAAUACUGCAAAAAAUGUGGCAAAGAAAUUAGCUUUUUGUCCUGAAUACAAAGCCUUAUGUUUGGGGCAAAUCCAACACAUCACUGAGUACCACAGUUCAUAUUUUCAAGCAUGGUGGUGGCUACAUCAUGUUAUGGGUAUGCUUGUCAUCGGCAAGGACUAAGGAGUUUUUUUAGUCUGAAAAGAAACAGAAUACAGCUACAAGCACAGGAUAACCUGUUUCAGUCUGCUUUCCAACAGACACAAAUUCACCUUUCAGCAGGACAAUAACCUAAAGCACAAGGCCAAAUCUACACUGGAGUUGCUUACCAAGAUGACCAUCGAGAGCAUCCUGACCGGUUGCAUCACCGCCUGGUAUGGCAACUGCUCGGCAUCUGGCCGUAAGGCGCUACAGAGGGUAGUGCGUACGGCCCAGUACAUCACUGGGGCCAGGUUUCCUGCCAUCCAGGACCUCUAUACCAGGCGGUGUCAGAGGAAGCCCAAAACAUUGUCAAAGACUCCAGUCACCCAAGUCAUAGACUGUUCUCGCUGCUACCACACGGCAAGCGGUACCGGAGCGCCAAGUCUAGAACCAAAAGGCUCCUUAACAGCUUCUACCUCCCCAUCCAUUUGUUUUUACACUGCUGCUACCUGCUGUCUAUUAUCUAUGUAUAGUCACUUUACCCCUACCUACAUGUACAAAUUACCUUGACUAACCUGUACCCCCGCACAUUGACUCGGUACCGGUACCCCCUGUAUAUAGCCUUGUUAUUGUUAUUUUAUUGUGUUACUUUUAAUUAUUUUUUACUUUAGUUUAUUUGGUAAAUAUUUUCUUAACUCUUUCUUGAACUGCAUUGUUGAGUAAGGGCUUGUAAGUAAGCAUUUCACGGUAAGGUCUGCACCUGUUGUAUUCGGCACAUGUGACAAAUAAAGUAUUAUUUGAUUUGAAUGUCCCUGAGUGGCCUAGUUACAAUUUUGACUUAAAUCAGCUUGAAAAUCUAUGGCAAGACUUGAAUGGCUGUCUAGCAAUGAUCAACAAUUAACUUGACAAAGCUUGAAGAAUUUUGAAAAUAAUAAGCAAAUAUUCAAACAAUCCAGGUGUGGAAAGCUCUUAGAGACUCAGAAAGACUCUCAGCUGUAAUCGCUGCCAAAGGUGCUUCUAACAUGUAUUGACUCAGGGGUGUGAAUACUAGAUAUUUAAUUUUCAAUAAAAUGCGCAAACAUUUCUAAAAACAUGUUUUCACUUUAUCAUUAUGGAGUAUUGUGUGUAGAUGGGUGAGAAAAAUAAAUAAUAUUUAAUCAAUUUUGAAUUCAGGCUGUUACACAACAAAUUGUGUAAUAAGUCAAGGGGUAUGAAUACUUUCUGAAGGUACCUGUGGUGCUGAUGUUUAGGCCGAGGUAGGUAUAGUUUUUUGUUUGCUCCAUGGCAACGGUGGCAACGGCAAAGGUGGAAUUUGUAUUUGUGGUCCUGGCAGCUGGACCUUUUUUGGAACACCAUCAUUUUUUUCUCACUGAGAUUCACGGUCAGGGCCCAGGUCUGACAGAAUCUGUACAUAAGACAUAGGUGCUGCUGUAGGCCCUCCUUGGUUGGGGACAGAAGCACCAGAUCAUCAGCAAACAGUAGAUAUUUGACUUCAGAUUCUAGUAGGGUGCUGCAGACUGUUCUCGUGCCCUCGCCAAUUCGUUGAUAUACAGUACCAGUCAAAAGUUUGGACACACCUACUCAUUCAAGGGUUUUUCUUUAUUUGUAGUAUUUUCUACAUUGUAGAAUAAUAAUGAAGACAUCAAAACUAUGAAAGAACACAUAUGGAAUCAUGUAGUAACCAAAAAAGUGUUAAACAAAUCAAAAUAUAUUUUAUAUUUGAGAUUCUUCAAAUAGCCACCCUUUCCCUUGAUGACAGCUUUGCAUUCUCUCAACCAGCUUCACCUGGAAUGCUUUUCCAACAGUCUUGAAGGAGUUCCCACUUAUGCUGAGCACUUGUUGGCUGCUUUUCCUUCACUCUGCGGUCUGACUCAUCCCAAACCAUCUCAAUUGGGUUGAGGUUGGGGGAUUGUGGAGGCCAGGUCAUCUGAUGCAGCACUCCAUCACUCUCCUUCUUGGUCAAAUAGCCCUUACACAGCCUGAAGGUGUGUUGGGUCAUUGUCCUGUUGAAAAACAAAUGAUAGUCCCACUAAGCCCAAACCAGAUGGGAUGGCUUAUCGCUGCAGAAUGCUGUGGUAGCCAUGCUGGUUAAGUGUGCCUUGAAUUCUAAAUAAAUCACAGACAUUGCUUUAUCUUGGCCAGGUCGCAGUUGUAAAUGAGAACUUGUUCUCAACUGGCUUACCUGGUUAAAUAAAGGUUAAAUAAAAAAAUAAAAACAUUGUCACCAGCAAAGCAUCCUCACACCAUAACACCUCCUCCUCCAUGCUUUACGGUGGGAACUAAACAUGCGGAGACAUCCAUUUACCCACACCGCGUCUCACAAAGACACGGCGGUUGGAACCAAAAAUAUCAAAUUUGGACUCAAGACCAAAGGACACAUUUCCACCGAUCAAAUGUUCAUUGCUCGUGUUUCUUGGCCCAAGCAGGUCUCUUCUUAUUAUUGGUGUCCUUUUAGUAGUGGUUUCUUUGCAGCAAUUCGACCAUGAAGGCCUAAUUUACACAGUCCCCUCUGAACAGUUGAUGUUGAGAUGUGUCUAUGACUUGAACUCUGUGAAGCAUUUAUUUGGGCUGCAAUUUCAGAGGCUGGUAACACUAAUGAACUUAUCCUCUGCAGCAGAGGUAACUCUGGGUCUUCCAUUCCUGUGGCGGUCCUCAUGAGAGCCAGUUUCAUCAUAGCGCUUAAUGGUUUUUGCGACUGCACUUGAAGAAACUUUCAAAGUUCUUGAAAUGUUCCGUAUUGACUGACCUUCAUGUCUUAAAGUAAUGCUUUUUUGAGCUGUUCUUGACAUAAUAUGGACUUGGUCUUUUCCCAAAUAGGGCUAUCCUCUGUAUACCCCCCUACCUUGUCACAACACAACUGAUUGGCUCAAACGCAUUAAGAAGGAAAGAAAUUCCACAAAUUAACUUUUAACAAGGCACACCUGUUAGUUGAAAUGCAUUCCAGGUGACUACCUCAUGAAGCUGGUUGAGCGAAUGCCAAGAGUGUGCAAAGCUGUCAUCAAGGCAAAGGGUGGCUAUUUGAAGAAUCUCAAAUAUAAAAUAUAUUUUGAUUUGUUUAACACUUUUUUGGUUACUUCAUGAUUCCAUAUGUGUUAUUUCAAAGUUUUGAUGUCUUCACUGUUAUUCUACAAUGUAAAAAAAAAUAAAAAUAAAGAAAAACACUUGAAUGAGUAGGUGUGUCCAAACUUUUGACUGGUAGUGUAUAACUUUAUUUUACUUUUUGGCUUCAGAUUGAACAUUGACUGAUUUCAGGGAAAAGUGGGCUCAUGUCAAUUACCCAGCUGCCUGUGCUUGUGUUCCUAAAGAUUUAUAAGCCAUAGCUGAGUCGUUUAGCCACUAAAUACGGGAUAAGCUCCCCCUUGAUUAUUUUUCUUUGGAUUACAUGCAUUUUAGAUUCACAAAUGCUGAACGUAAUCUAAAAUGGUGGGAUUUUUUUUCACUCUCUUCUUCGCAGACAAUGCUGACAGCCAUAUCAAUGAGUGCCAUUGCUACGAAUGGUGUGGUUCCAGGUAGGUCCACUGUGGAUAAACGGUACAUUUCUACAUUUCUACUAAAUAGAAUUGGUCUGCCAUUUCCUUCACCUCAAGAAUUUUAACUGAGAAAUAAGAUGAAAUCGUUUAGAGAGUUGGGAUUCCAGCACCAGAGGAAUCAGUAUCUAACACUACACCCCAAAGUGAGUUUACUCUGUGGGCCGUGGUUCUGACUCUGUCCCCCAUUGUUGUUGGUCUGUAGCUGGAGGCUCCUACUACAUGAUCUCAAGGUCGCUGGGGCCAGAGUUCGGCGGGGCUGUGGGGCUCUGCUUCUACCUGGGGACCACCUUUGCUGGCUCCAUGUACAUCCUCGGUACUAUAGAGAUUCUAUUAGUGAGUAUCCUUUGCAAAGAUACUGUAGUUUUUACUACUACCUCAUCUGUAUACAUUUAAUACAUGAACGGAUAAAAACACUGCCUGAUGAGGCUGGUAUCUGAACCUUCCAAAACGCUGUACCCUACUGUACCCUACCCCCCCGUCUCCCUUCUCCUCCCAGACCUACAUUGUGCCUAGUGCGGCCAUCUUCAAGGCGGAGAAGAAGGAGGACGAGCCGGAGGCGCUGCUCAACAACAUGCGGGUGUACGGCACCUGCUGCCUCACCCUCAUGUCCCUGGUGGUGUUCGUGGGGGUCAAGUACGUCAACAAGCUGGCCCUGGUCUUCCUGGCCUGUGUCAUCCUGUCCAUUCUGGCCAUCUACGCCGGAGUCAUCAAGACCGCCUUCGAACCGCCAGACUUCCCGUAAGUCUAGUCUAAACUCACAGCCUUGUUUUAAAAAAUACAACCAGAAACAACUAGAAGCGAACACGCUCACACACAAAUUACUCUUGGUCUUACCUCCGAUCAUCAAGUCUCCUCAGAACAUCGAAGGUCUUUUUAUUUUUUAUGUUUGUGAAAUUCUUUCAAUGUUUCGUUCUACAUCCUCCUCCCAGUAUUUGCCUGUUGGGGAACCGCACGUUGCAGAACCACAACUUCGACCAGUGCUUGAAGACGAUGGAGGUGGACAACGUGACGGUCACCACCAAGCUGUGGUCCCUGUUCUGUGACUCUCCAGACCUCAACGCCACCUGCAAUGAAUACUUCACUCUCAACAACGUCACUGUGAUCCAGGGAAUCCCCGGGCUGACCAGUGGGGUCAUCAGAGGUGAGAGACCCCCCCCCUCCCCCUUUCUUUGUGAUUUAAAUUAUGUGACAAACUUUAAUUGUGGGGUGAACAUUCCCGUUAUGUAAAGUCUACCCACACUGCUAAAGCAAUGCUCUUUCCCCCUCAGUCCCACUGACACCUUAUCCUAAUGUAAACCAGGAUUACAAUCAAUUGUUUUUAUUUGUAGUACAUCAUAACGCUGUGUCAGUUCCUCUCAGGCUACUUACUAUAUUACCCUUGAAGCUCUUAUGAGAGUUAGAUUAGGAAGAUUCUGUGUGGCUCAGUUGGUAGAGAGUGCAUGGCACUUGCAACGCCGGGGUUGUGGGUUCGAUUCCCAUGGGGGACCGCUACUACUAACAAAUAUGAAAAUGUACGCACUCACUACUGGAAGUCGCUCUGGAUAAGAAAUGACUUAAAAUGUAAAAUGAAGAUGUACAGGCAAUGUGACAGGCAAUAGAGAGUGAUGCUUGGGAAGAAAGUCUCGUCCUGUGUUGAAGUGUUCCCUUGCUGGGACGACUGACACCAGGGAUGACCUGUAAACACUUCUCUGUCUGGGGUUGGCUAUCUGCUUUACACUAUUGAGAUGGACCCCAUAUAAAGAAGAAUGCAUCGGGUCCAUCUCAAUAGUGUUAACGAGUAGUGGAGACGGGGGAAGAAUUCAGGACCAGGCUCCAUGUCUAGUUUAUUUACUGACAGGAUCUUCUUUUAUUGAAUCCAAUGAUGGAUGGGACUGUCUUCAAUUCAAUCAGCACAGUAUCAUCUAGAUCCAUCCUAGAUUUACAUUUUACAUUUUUGUCAUUUAGCAGACGCUCUUAUCCAGAGCGACUUACAUGAGCAAUUAGGGUUAAGUGCCUUGCUCAAGGGCACAUCGACAGGUUUUUCACCUCGUCAGCUCGGGGAUUAGAACCAACGACCUUUCGGUUACUGGCACAACGCUCUUAACCACUAAGCUACCUGCCGCCCCUGUUUGUUUAGGCUGAGAUGCAGGACUACCACAGCCGCCAGAACAAUUGACAUACUAGUGGGUUAUCAUAACAUAUUCAGGACAUUCCCAAAACUCUUGACAUUGAUGUCCACUUUCCCAUCAUCACUUCCAAAUUGCUCAAAUUCCUUAAGUUAUGGAAUCAGGCGUUUGCAGGCGUGUGAUUGAUGAGUUCCAUAUGUACUGUGUUCUCCCUUCCUCUAUUUCUCUUAUCUCUCUCCUAACCACCCCUCCACCCCCUCUUCCUAUCCCUCCACUUCACCCCCCCCACCCUUCAUCUCUCCCCCCCUCUACAGACAACAUCUGGGGGGACUACGGUCCUAACGGCAUGUUGGUAGAGAAUAAGCACCAGGCGUCGGAGCCGGCUGCAGACACCUCCCAGGACAUCUACAUGCCCUACGUGGCCAACGACAUCACCACCUUCUUCACCCUGCUGGUGGGCAUCUACUUCCCCUCCGUCACUGGUACGUUCACAUGGACAUCUACUUCCCCUCCGUCACUGGUACGUUCACAUGGACAUCUACUUCCCCUCCGUCACUGGUACGUUCACAUGGGCAUCUACUUCCCCUCCGUCACUGGUACGUUCACAUGGGCAUCUACUUCCCCUCCGUCACUGGUACGUUCACAUGGACAUCUACUUCCCCUCCGUCACUGGUACGUUCACAUGGGCAUCUACUUCCCCUCCGUCACUGGUACGUUCACAUGGGCAUCUACUUCCCCUCCGUCACUGGUACGUUCACAUGGGCAUCUACUUCCCCUCCGUCACUGGUACGUUCACAUGGACAUCUACUUCCCCUCCGUCACUGGUACGUUCACAUGGGCAUCUACUUCCCCUCCGUCACUGGUACGUUCACAUGGACAUCUACUUCCCCUCCGUCACUGGUACGUUCACAUGGACAUCUACUUCCCCUCCGUCACUGGUACGUUCACAUGGACAUCUACUUCCCCUCCGUCACUGGUACGUUCACAUGGGCAUCUACUUGUAGAAAAAGGAGGAAAGGGAAGCGCUGCUAGGAUACACAAUAAUGGAUCUUUGUAGAUAGAAGGUGCUCUUUAACCCAUUACAGUCAAAGCCCUGUCUAAUACGGGGGUUCUAUUAAGAUAUAUGGAGUUGUUUUAAGAAGGUCAUACCAAGGAUCAUUUUGCUAUUUGAUUUAGAAUUUUAAGACCCCUUGAAGUUUAAAAAUAAUUAUUAUUAUUAUAAUUGAUGAAAAAUGUUAUUUGGCCUUACUGCUUUUAGCCCAAACAAACGCAUUCAAUAACAGAUUCAUUACAUGGAACAACAGAUAGUCCCCCCCAAAAAAAAUAUAAAGGAUGUUUGUUCUGAAGUGUCUGUCCUAUAUCUGAGAGGUAUUAGUAGGAUCAGAAAACAUUUAUGUUUUUGACAUGUAUUUAUCCCCUUAUUUAUGGCACUAAACAGUCUCCAUAUAUAGAGCAAAACAACAUGUACGUGUUUGUGAGAGUCUCACCUUUCCACAGAUGGGUCAUAUUAGUGUGUAGCCCAAACUGUUCGGACGCUACAGACAAUUUUGUUUUCGGGAUGUCUCAUGGUCUGACAAACUCUGCUCUAGCUCUGUCACCUUUCACGGCAGAUGCGGAAGUGCGACACCGGUGGAUGCGGUGGAUUGAGACUCAUCCAAUGCAAAAAAAAAAAAGUGGGGAUUUUUAUGGAGAUAUGGGGUAGCCUGGGUCCUACCAGAGCGCAGAUAUUAUAACACCUUCCUAUUUCCCCUCCUCACAGGAAUCAUGGCUGGAUCCAACAGGUCUGGUGAUCUGAGGGAUGCCCAGAAGUCCAUCCCCAUAGGAACCAUCAUGGCCAUCGCCACCACCACCUUCAUAUGUAUCCUUAAUGACUGCAACAACAGCCCAGCCAUAAAAGUGUCUAAUAGGACAAAUACAAGCACCCAGGGGCGCAACUUUCACUGGGGACAUGUCCCCCACCACAUUCUGAAAUUGCAUUUUUGUCCCCCCCCCCAGUUUUAUCAUUGGAAAAUAAGGCAACGGUGAGCUUUAGGACCGUGCGGACGCCUCCGAGCAGUCGGGUAGGCUGUUUGGAGUGUUUAUCUGACUGGAUAAAAAAUAUAUAUAUGCCCCCCCCCCACUUCUAAACCAAAGUUGCGCCCCUGCAAGCACCUACCAAAUCAUUAUAAUACAUGACAAGUCAAUGUGUUGUUAUAUGUCAACUUUAAACUGUAAAGUUAGGUCGUGUUCAUUUGGGUACUCCCAUAGCAAAACGUAGCAAUGGUAAUCGCAAAUGAGCAUUCUUUAUUGGACAAGUCCAGGUAGUCUUUCCCCACUCUACUCCGUUUGGUGCUCAAAUGAAUGUGACCAUGUUUUGUUUUUCACCUCUUUUGCCCUUCUGAGGCUAAUUUCCUUAAUGGCGCCACCCAGACAUUAGUUCUGUCAUACUGUUUGGCGCCUGCAUCGAGGGGGUGGUGCUCAGAGACAAGUAAGUGCUGUUUUACUUUUCACACUUGGUAUGAAAGCAGUACAAAUGUCUUGUUUAUUUGUUAAUGAAAGCAGUACAAAUGUCUUGUUUAUUUGUUAAUGAAAGCAGUACAUAUGUCUUGUUUAUUUGUUAAUGAAAGCAGUACAAAUGUCUUGUUUAUUUGUUAAUGAAAGCAGUACAAAUGUCUUGUUUAUUUGUUAAUGAAAGCAGUACAAUUGUCUUGUUUAUUUGUUAAUGAAAGCAGCACAAAUGUCUUGUUUAUUAGUUAAUGGAAGCAGUACAAAUGUUUUGUUUAUUAGUUAAUGAAAGCAGCACAAAUGUCUUGUUUAUUUGUUAAUGAAAGCAGUACAAAUGUCUUGUUUAUUUUUUUAUAAAAGCAGUACAAAUGUCUUGUUUAUUUGUUUCGCCCCAUGUGGACAUUGAGGGAGAAAUGCUCAUCUGGAUUGAAAACAUGUGUUUCCCUUCAUAAAGCUGUUUGUCUGAGCCACAUCGUAGGGCCUUGUGACACACAGCAUUAUCAGGGGGAGAGUUCAAGUAAAUUAUACGGGGUACGCAAUGGUCAAAGCUAGUGUGUGUGUCAAGCUGGCAAGGUUUUUCUCUGUUUCAGCAGUGUGGUUAUGCAUAUCCCAGUGUGUGCAUAGUAUCUGAGUACUUUUCUAAUGAAUGCAUCUUUCUGUCCUAGGUUUGGGGAUUCGGUCAAAGGGAACCUGGUGAUUGGCAUCCUUGCUUGGCCCUCCCCCUGGGUGAUUGUGAUUGGCUCAUUCUUCUCCUGCUGUGGAGCGGGUUUGCAGAGUCUCACUGGAGCCCCCCGGCUGCUGCAGGCCAUCGCACGAGACGGCAUUGUGCCAUUCCUACAGGUCUGACACACACAUACUGUAGACACACACACACACACACACACACACACACACACACACACACACACACACACAGCGACUUACAAAUAUACACACACAAACUCUCUGGCUGUCCCUGUUUCCUAGGUGUUUGGUCAUGGCAAGGCUAAUGGAGAGCCCACCUGGGCCCUGCUGUUGACUGGUGGGAUCUGUGAGAUCGGUAUCCUCAUCGCUUCUCUGGACGCUGUCGCCCCCAUCCUCUCCAUGUGAGUACCCCCCCCCCCCCUAUCCUCUCCAUGUGAGUACCCCCCCCCCCCCAUCCUCUCCAUGUGAGUACCCCCCCAUCCUCUCCAUGUGAGUACCCCCCAUCCUCUCCAUGUGAGUACCCCCCCAUCCUCUCCAUGUGAGUACCCUCCAUCCUCUCCAUGUGAGUACCCUCCAUCCUCUCCAUGUGAGUACCCCAUCCUUUUUCUGUGAGUACCCCCAUCCUCUCCAUGUGAGUACCCCCCAUCCUCUCCAUGUGAGUACCCCCCCAUCCUCUCCAUGUGAGUACCCCCUAUCCUCUCCAUGUGAGUAGCCCCAUCCUCUCCAUGUGAGUAGCCCACAUCCUCGCCAUGUGAGUACCCCCCCACCCAUCCUCACCAUGUGAGUACCCGCCCACCCAUCCUCUCCAUGUGAGUACCCCUCCAUCCUCUGUCGCCUCCAUCCUCUCCAUGUGAGUGCCCCCCAUCCUCUCUAUGUGAGUACCCCCCCAUCCUUUCUAUGUGAGUACCCCCCAUCCUCUCUAUGUGAGUACCCCCCCCAUCCUUUCUAUGGGAGUACCCCCCCCAUCCUUUCUAUGUGAGUACCCCCCAUCCUCUCUAUGUGAGUACCCCAUCCUCUCCAUGUGAGUAGCCCACAUCCUCGCCAUGUGAGUACCCCCCCCCAACCAUCCUCUCCAUGUGAGUACCCCCCACGCAUCCUCUCCAUGUGAGUACCCCCCUCCAUCCUCGCCAUGUGAGUACCCCCCCACCAUCCAGUACCCCCCCCCUCCAUCCUCUCCAUGUGAGUACCCCAUCCUCUGUCGCCUCAUCCUCUCCAUCUGAGUACCCCCCACCAUCCUCUCCAUCUGAGUACCCCCCCCAUCCUCUCCAUCUGAGUACCCCCCACCAUCCUCUCCAUGUGAGUACCCCCGCAUCCUCUCUGUCGCCUCCAUCUGAGUACUCUCCCUCCAUCCUCUCUAUGUGAGUACCCCCCUCUACCCUCUCCAUGUGAGUACCCCCCUCCAUCCUCUCCAUGUCAGUACCCCCCAUCCUCUCUGUCGCCUCCAUCCUCUCCAUGUGAGUAACCCCCUCCAUCCUCUCCAUGUGAGUACCCCCCCCUCCAUCCUCUCCAUGCGAGUACCCCCUCUCCAUGUGAGUACCCCCCCACCAUCCUCUACAUGUGAGUACCCCCCCUCCAUCCUCCCAUGUGAGUACCCCCCCUCCAUCCUCUCCAUGUGAGUACCGCCUCUUCAUGUGAGUAUCCCCCACCAUCCUCUACAUGUGAGUACCCCCCCACCAUCCUCUCCAUGUGAGCACCCCCCCUCCAUCCUCUCCAUGUGAGUACCCCCCUCUCCAUGUGAGUACCCCCCCCACCUUUCUCUGGGCUCCCGAGUGGGGAGCCCAGAGAAAGGUACUGCAUCUCAGUGCUUGAGGCGUCACUACAGACCCCCUGGUUCGAUUCCAGGCUGUAUCACAACCGGCCGUGAUUGGGAGUCCCAUAGGGCGGCGCACAAUUGGCCCAGCGUCGUCCGGGUUUGGCCGGUGUAGGCCGUCAUUGUAAAUAAGAAUUUGUUCUUAACUGACUUGCCUAGUUAAAUAAAGGUAAAAACAAUUAAUAAUCUCCUCCUCCUUUCUUCUCUCACUCUUUAACCCCACUCUUCUCUCCCGGUGUCACACCUCUCUCUCCCCCUGUCUGUCUGACUUUCUCCCCCCUCUCUCCCUCAAAAUGGCGGUUCGACUAUGAAUAUCUAGUAUGUACAUAUCUAGUAUGUCCCACUCCUCCAAACUUUUUCUCCACCUACUCAUUAUCCUCUCUCUCUACUUUCCUCUCUUUCUUUCCUUCCCUCCCUCCCUCCCUCCCCUCCCCUUCCCUUCCCUCCCUCCCUCCAUCCCUCCCUUCCAUCUACUGUAAUGUAGCCUAAUCAUAGUGUUGCAGAACUGGUCUCUGGAGGUUUACUGACAGAUGGUAGUCGUCUGUAAUCUCAUCUCUCCCUCAUUGUAUAUUUCUCUUCCUGUCAGGUUCUUUUUGAUGUGCUACCUAUUUGUUAACCUGGCCUGUGCCCUCCAGACCCUGCUCUGCACCCCCAACUGGAGACCCCGCUUCAAGUUCUACCACUGGUAAGAGGAAACUCCUCUCUCUCACUUUAUAUGGUGAUGCUGGCUGUUCUAAUGCCCUCUCAAAUUAGCACUCAAAGCUUCACUGUUUUCUCCUGCUUCAUCAAGUACUGUAGCAGUCUCUUGGGACUCUGUUAGCCUAGCAACAGACCUCCUAACUUUACCUGAGGAGGUUGUUAUUGAGUUCAGUGCCAGGAACCCCCAGAGGAUAGACACACACACACACACACACAUUCAUACAGAUACACAUCACACGUACGCAUACAGACACAUCACACGUACGCACACACACACACACACACACAGAUGCACAUCACACACACACACACACGCGCACGCACACACACACACACACACACACACACACACACACACACACACACACACACACACAUCUGGCACAAACACCCUAUCCCGGGGGCCGGGAGUUAUGGCAGCUAUGGGCAGGGUGUUUCUAUAGCCUAGCUAAGGAGCUUUGGCUCUGAUCCCAUGGGCGACUCCAGAAAGCAGGUCCCUGCUGGGCAACUGGUGUGCCUGAGGGAGCAGCUAGCUACCUGUCUUUACUGAAGGGGCAGCUAGCUACCUGUCUUUACUGAAGGGGCAGCUAGCUACCUGUCUUUACUGAAGGGGCAGCUAGCUACCUGUCCUUACUGAACGGGCAGCUAGCUACCUGUCCUUAAUGGGGGAGCAGCUAGCUACCUGUCUUUACUGAAGGGGCAGCUAGCUACCUGUCUUUACUGAAGGGGCAGCUAGCUACCUGUCCUUACUGAAGGGGCAGCUAGCUACCUGUCCUUACUGAAGGGGCAGCUAGCUACCUGUCCUUACUGAAGGGGCAGCUAGCUACCUGUCCUUACUGAAGGGGCAGCUAGCUACCUGUCCUUACUGAAGGGGCAGCUAGCUACCUGUCCUUACUGAAAGGCAGGUAACCUACCUGUCCUUACUGAAGGGGCAGCUAGCUACCUGUCCUUACUUAAGGGGCAGCUAGCUACCUGUCCUUACUGAAGGGGCAGCUAGCUACCUGUCCUUACUUAAGGGGCAGCUAGCUACCUGUCCUUACUGAAGGGGCAGCUAGCUACCUGUCCUUACUGAAGGGGCAGCUAGCUACCUGUCCUUACUGAAGGGGCAGCUAGCUACCUGUCUUUACUGAAGGGGCAGCUAGCUACCUGUCCUUACUGAAGGGGCAGCUAGCUACCUGUCUUUACUGGGGUAGCAGCUAGCUACCUGUCUUUAUUGAAGGGGCAGCUAGCUACCUGUCCUUACUGAAGGGGCAGCUAGCUACCUGUCUUUAUUGAAGGGGAAGCUAGCUACCUGUCUUUACUGAAGGGGCAGCUAGCUACCUGUCCUUACUGAAGGAGCAGCUAACCUACCUGUCCUUACUGAAGGGGCAGCUAACCUACCUGUCCUUACUGAAAGGCAGGUAACCUACCUGUCCUUACUGAAGGGGCAGCUAGCUACCUGUCCUUACUGAAGGGGCAGCUAGCUACCUGUCCUUACUGAAGGGGCAGCUAGCUUCCUGUCUUUACUGAAGGGGCAGCUAGCUACCUGUCCUUACUGAAGGGGCAGCUAGCUACCUGUCCUUACUAAAGGGGCAGCUAGCUACCCAUCCUUACUGCCAUCACCCAAAGCCCUACUGGGCAGCCUAAAUCUCAUUAUCCUAAACUGGCCAGCUAGUCAAGGUCCACGCUAGAGUUCACGUAAACUUGUAUAGUGAAUAUGCACGCACACACACACACACACACACACACACACACACACACACACACACACACACACACACACACACACACACACACAAACCUUUUAUAGCUGUCCAAAGGUAAAUGGAUCUGUGUUGAAGGUCCAUUGCAGCCGUUUUUAUCUUAAUAUCAAAUCAUUUCUGGGUAACAAUUAAAUACCUGACUCUGAUUGUUUUCAAUUAAAAAGUGGUAAAAAAACAAAACAAAAAUAGCUUCUUAGCAAAGAGCAAUUUCUCAAGCAAUAAUUUUGCUAGGACUGUCUGGGAGUGGAAAACGGAAAGCUCUUAGUGAGGUUUGGAACUCUCUUUCUUAUUGGCAUAUUAACCCAAAACUCCAUUCCACCAAAACAGGCAAAAAGUUUCAAGCUGUCUUUUCUAACAGCUCUUACACUAAAAGGACAUUAUCAUAGUUUUCCCAAUUUCAUAGUAUUAUUCCAACCUCAUAGUGUGGAAAUGUAUAUAAAACACAGGAGAAAAUCAAGUUUCUUACUGCACUGGGCCUUUAAAUAAGUGAGGGUAUUUGCUGUCUUGUACAGAAGUCCAGAGAGAACAUAUGAUUGGCUGUGGGUAACCUUAAAUGAGGUCUUAACAUGCUAUAAAACUAAAUAUCCCUUUAUAGGCUUGUCAUUUGCCUCCUAUACGACUGACUGACCUCCAUCUUUCCCUCGUCCCUCACAGGGCUCUGUCUUUCCUGGGCGCCAGUCUGUGCCUCUCCCUGAUGUUCAUCUCCUCCUGGUACUAUGCCCUGGUGGCCAUGCUCAUCGCUGGCUGCAUCUACAAGUACAUUGAAUACAGAGGGUAAGGGCUAACCGAUUCUACAUUUGUUCCCUUAACACAAAUAUUAUAUUAUAUAAACCGGGUGGUUUGAGCCCUGAAUUCUGAUUGGCUGAAAGCCGUGGAAUAUCAGGGUAUGACAAAACAUUUAUUUUUACUGCUCUAAUUACGUUGGUAACCAGUUUAUGACAGCAAUAAGGCACCUCAGGGGUUUGUGGUAUAUGGCCAAUAUACCACGGCUCAGGGCUCUGCGUUGCGUCAUGCUUAAGAACAGCCCUUAGCCAUGGUAUAUUGGCCAUAUACCACAAACCCCUCGGGCCUUACUGCUGUAAUAAUGGUUAGAUCCUGGAUAGUUGUGGCGCUCUCCGUUUCUCCUCGACCUCCUGACACUCCUCCUUUUUCUCACUCUCUCCAUCUCCAGGGCGGAGAAGGAGUGGGGCGACGGUAUCCGUGGCCUGUCGCUCAACGCCGCCCGCUACGCCCUCAUUCGCCUGGAGGAGGCACCGCCCCACACCAAGAACUGGAGGUGUGUGUGUGUGUGUGUGUGUGUGUGUGUGUGUGGGUUUGGGUUUAUGUGCAUAUACGUUUGUUUGCUCCGUCAGUGACACCACAUUUCUGAACCAGCAGUAGCCAGAUGUGGGUUAUGCAACAGAGGCUAGAGAACAUGGUGUAUUCUUACCUUUAACUGAGUAAUCCAGAGAAAGAGAGAGAAUUACUGUUUUAUUAAUCUCUGAGCCUUCUCCGUAAUCUCACUGUGAAAAAAAUAUACUAGUAAGCCUAAACAGCAUAGCAGCCCCAGGACAGUGCCUGUCUAAAAAGUGGAGCAUUUACAUCAGGAAAGAUUGAGGUCAAACUUGGGUGUUGGGUCCUAUCUCUCUACUGCCACUGGCAUCAUCCACAGGGUCAUUCCCAGGGCAAAGCCUAAUCUACAGCAUCAAAAUCAAGAUUUCUCCCUGUGCCAUCUGGCGCGGCAUGGAAGGAUACCGAGUACUUACGCCCACGCUUGGCUCCCAACACGCCCCUAAGCCUCUUUACACAGUAGCUGGCACUGUGCCACCAGCCUUCGACAGCAGGACCCAUGUGCUGAAACUGUUAGGAAGCAGGACCCAUGUGCUGAAACUGUUAGGAAGCAGGACCCAUGUGCUGAAACUGUUAGGAAGCAGGACCCAUGUGCUGAAACUGUUAGGAAGCAGGACCCAUGUGCUGAAACUGUUAGGAAGCAGGACCCAUGUGCUGAAACUUUUAGGAAGCAGGACCCAUGUACUGAAACUGUUAGGAAGCAGGACCCAUGUGCUGAAACUGUUAGGAAGCAGGACCCAUGUGCUGAAACUGUUAGGAAGCAGGAUGUAUAGUUUUGAUCUGGUUGUUUAAAUCUCAUCAUCUGCCCAAAUGACCUCUAGUGAGAGUGUAUACAGGAUUCCCCCUCACUAUUAUGCCCAGUGUGUGUGUUGUGGGUGUGUGUGGCUAACAAAACCGUUGGACAAGAGACAUCAUGUCAAACAGUGUGUAAUUUGAUGUGUUACAUCAAAUGAACUCUCAGCCAUCCAAGCUGAAUGGCUAUCUCAUACUGAUCUCUGGUUAACUCUCAGCCAUCCAAGCUGAAUGGCUAUCUCAUACUGAUCUCUGGUUAACUCUCAGCCAUCCAGGCUGAAUGGCUAUCUCAUACUGAUCUCUGGUUAACUCUCAGCCAUCCAGGCUGAAUGGCUAUCUCAUACUGAUCUCUGGUUAACUCUCAGCCAUCCAGGCUGAAUGGCUAUCUCAUACUGAUCUCUGGUUAACUCUCAGCCAUCCAGGCUGAAUGGCUAUCUCAUACUGAUCUCUGGUUAACUCUCAGCCAUCCAAGCUGAAUGGCUAUCUCAUACUGAUCUCUGGUUAACUCUCAAAAAGUGGCGUCCAUGACCUUUAUUUUUGUGCAAAUCUCCCAUGGACAGAAAUGCAUGAUCUACAUGAAUGCCCAAGUUACACUUAGAUACUGUCAUAGGUUCAUGCAGUGUAAUGUAACUUAUAAUACAGUAUGACUUGUCUGAUGUCUCAGCACCCCUGUCUUCCCUGGUCGUAGGUUAUAAUACACUAUGACUUGUCUGAUGUCUCAGCACCCCUGUCUUCCCUGGUCGUAGGUUAUAAUACAGUAUGACUUGUCUGGUGUCUCAGGACCUCUGUCUUCCCUGGUCGUAGGUUAUAAUACACUAUGACUUGUCUGAUGUCUCACCACCUCUGUCUUCCCUGGUCGUAGGUUAUAAUACACUAUGACUUGUCUGAUGUCUCACCACCUCUGUCUUCCCUGGUCGUAGGCCCCAGAUGCUGGUGCUAUUGAACAUGGAGUCUGACCACACGGUGAAACACCCACGCCUGCUCUCCUUCUGCACCCAGCUCAAAGCAGGCAAAGGCCUGACCAUCGUGGGCUCUGUGCUGCAGGGCACGUACAUGACCAAGGAGGUCGAGGUCAAGAAGGCCGAGCAGGUACUGUAGGCACAGGAUCAGAUUAUACACUGUGGAUGUGUUUCAAUAGUCGUAAGUGGCUUCCUCUCUUUCGUCUGACGUGAAAGAACCUGGUAGGUGAGAGGAAAAUGGUGUGAAUCUCUCCAAGUCUUUAAUGUAGCAGUGAUUAUGGAGGUGAGGAAAGAAAGCCCCUUUAGACUGCUGUAGAUGUCGUAUGUCUCUGUGAGACACCUGUUCAGAGAAGCAACCAGUGUGAGAAGAGUUUAGAGGCUGCUGACAGUUCUUCCUUUAAAGAGACUGCCAUCUACUGGACGCCCAAAGCAAUUUUCAGAGAGCAGUUCCUCAGAUUACCAUGAGAAUGCUACAAAUAUCGUGCCUCACCACCUAAAAAACAAACAUAGGCAUCGAUUACCAGGGUUUGAGUCCAUUCCGAUUCUGUCACAUCAGGAAAUCAUAUGCUCGUACUUCUUUUCUCACUCUUCUUCUUGGUGACUUUCUCCAUCAGAACAUCAAGUCGUCGAUGACGACGGAGCGUACCAAGGGCUUCUGCCACGUGGUGGCAUCGUCCAACCUGCGCGAUGGUUUCUCCCACCUCAUCCAGACGGCAGGCCUGGGGGGCAUGAAACACAACACGGUCCUCAUGGCCUGGCCCGGCUCCUGGAAGCAGUCGAAUGACCCCGUCUCCUGGAAGAACUUCAUAGGUUAGUCAGUGUGACCCACUGGGAUUUGAGACUGCGCCACAAGACUGUGUUAGCCCUCUGAGAUAAAGCCUAGGCAUUAACUUGGGUAGCUAAUGUGCUAACAUUCUAAGGCAAGGUUCUCAUCAUCAUACAUCAUACGUCUAGGAACAUACAGAGAAGGAACUACCAGAUGUGUCAUAAAGUAAUCCUUCUUCCCCCCCCCCCCCACAUAAAAAAAGAAAAAAGGUGGUUGUCCCACUGGCUAUCAUAAGUUGAAUGCACCAAUUUGUAAGUCGCUCUGGAUAAGAGCGUCUGCUAAAUGAUGUAAAUGUAAAAUAACCCGGAAGUAAAGCCACACUGGGAUCCACAUUUGCAAUGGAAUACAUUGAAUACAUGGAGCAGGGUAGAGGGGGAAAAAUGACAUUAAAACAGGAUUUAAAUGUAUUUUCGGAAGGGCAGUGGUCACCAUUCAUGUAAUACAUGAAAUAUAUACAUCCUAGUUUGCGAGCGAUGUUGUCAGGCUACAUCGUAUCAUUGUUUUCUUCUUCAGAGUCAGAGUUCACUGGUGAGCAACAACAUCAUUUCACUUCACCAAGACAUCCAUGAGUUCUUCACGUUUAACUCUAUAUCUACACAUUUGUGAAUGAUGAUGAUGAUGAUGUUGUUUAUGAUGGUGAAGAGGGUGAUUGAAUUUACAAUAUACAACGGGGGUUGGCAACUAGGUUUGGCCUCCAGCCAAUUUGUUCCUGAGCUUGUAAUGGUCAGUGGGCCAGACCAUAAUAGCCUAUUAGCAAAUAGCCUACUAGCUGCCCAGUUUAUAGCCCUACACUACACAUUUAACACGUGUGGUUAGUGGGAUAAUCAAUUCAAUUACAAAAACAUAAUAUAAUGUAUAUCUGAUUACAGUGGUAAAAUCACCAAUGGCUCUAUUGAUAGGCCCUUCCUACUCUAUUGGAAUAUAUUCAUCUUACUGUAUUUCUCCAAUGCCAAACCAGUGUGUCUGUCGCUGUUUGCAAAGAAUUCAAUCUGAGAUGUCAUUACGAAUCUAAGUAUGGUACUUUCAGAAGUUGAUUUUCCACCACAGACAUGAGGUCCGAAUCAGAAAGGAGGUAGGCCUAUUUAAAGAAUGCAUGGUGACAGUAUUGGAGGAAAUAGCUAUCCCGACAAAUAGGCUAUAUGGAUAACAUAAUUGCGUCUGUCAAACAGGUAUAAGCCUACCUCUUAUUUCUUAGUGCUCCAACAAAGCCGUCUUGUUAGUACAUUUGCCUAAUCAACAUUCAGCACGGGGUGCUGUCCAAAUUGAUUUUAAAAACAGUGAUCCACACGCGAGUGGUGGCUGCAUCUCAACUAAUCUUUUUUUCUAAUUGAUCCAAUUAUAUUCCAUUCUCUUGUUUUUAUCAUGGACAUAUUCCAACUAAUAUUGUAAUUAAGCUUUCACAUGUGUGUUUUACACAUUUUAUCAAGCUGUUGGUGCUUGCUUCUAUUUAUGCCAAAUCAUUUGACCGCUCCUGUUUCCUUACGUUAUUCCCUUACAAUUUUCUGUAGUGAAUAGAAAAUACCAUAUGCCCAUCAAAUCCCACAUUAUUGUUAAUGAAGUCAUGAUGUGUGUGAGUUUGUGUCUGGAUUGGGAAGGUGGGAAACUUAUCAACGAGAGAAAGAAGCCAAUCAAUCUCAUUGCAUAAGUUAUUUUCAGUUUAUGAGCCGUCACUCCUCAUGCGACGGAGAAAUUAAAACCAACAUUCAACUUUUAUUCAUUGAUUGAAUGAAACCGUAUCAAUACAUUUGAAUCAUGACAGUCAUAUGAUGGAAAAGUUUAAACAAUUCCGAUUCCGAUUCACGUUUGUCCUACAAGAGGAAAUCUUAGCACUUCUCACACAUCACAUAGGCCUAAACAAAACAUAUAGAAAACACACAAUAGGAACAGUCAGACAGAUACCUUUCCUACCCUCCCACCCCACCCCACCCCACACCUGCCCAUAUGUCAGACAGAUACCUUUCCUACCCCCCCACCCCACCCCACACCUGCCCAUAUGUCAGACAGAUACCUUUCCUACCCCCCCACUCCACCCCACCCCACACCUGCCCAUAUGUCAGGCAGAUACCUUUCCUACCCUCCCACCCCACCCCACCCCACACCUGCCCAUAUGUCAGACAGAUACCCUUUUCACGGUCAAGCGAAAUGAUACAAUAUAUAACUUGUGCACCAGUAGGCUCUGAAGAGGGAACAAUGGUAUGUAGUCUAACAACAUCGCUCCCAAACGGCACAGAUGUGAGUUUUAUUUUCGCUAUAGAAGCACUGGUCCUCUUAAAUUGGAAUUCCAAGUUGCACAUUAAAAUAUUUAGGGUCAUGUGACGGUCUGCGCUGCAUUCCUCCCCUUCACACCAGGGCUGCCAAGAAAAUAGGUUUGCUGUAAGAGGUAAAUGGGAAAAUAAUGGACCAUUGAGAAAAAAUAAAUAAAAUAAAAAAACUAUAAAAUAGCUCCCCGCUUUGAGAUGUACAGUACCAGUCAAACGUUUGGACACACCUACUCAUUCAAGGGUUUUUCUUUCUUUAUUUUUUACUAUUUUCUAUGUAGAAUAAUAGUGAAGAUAUCAAAACCAUGAAAUAACAAAAAUGGAAUCAUGUAGAAACCAAAAAAGUGUUAAACAAAUGAAAAUAUAUUUUAGAUUCUUCAAAGUAGCCACCCUUUGACUUGAUGACAGCUUUGCACACUCUUGGCAUUCUCUCAACCAGCUUGAUGAGGAAUGCUUUUCCAACAGUCUUGAAGACUGUUCCCACAUAUGCUGAGCACUUGUUAGCUGCUUUUCCUCCACUCUGCGAUCCGACUCGUCCCAAACCAUCUCAAUUGGGUUGAGGUCGGGUGAUUGUGGAGGCCAGGUCAUCUGAUGCAGCACUCCAUCACUCUCCUUGGUCAAAUAGCCCUUACACAGCCUGGAGGUGUGUUUUGGGUCAUUGUCCUGUUGAAAAACAAAUGAUAGUCCCACUAAGCGCAAACCAGAUGGGAUGGCGUAUCGCUGCAGAAUGCUGUGGUAGCCAUGCUGGUUAAGUGUGCCUUGAAUUCUAAAUAAAUCACAGACAGUGUCACCAGCAAAACACCCUCACACCAUCACACCUCCUCCUCCAUGCUUCAUGGUGGGAACCAUACAUGCGGAGAUCAUCCGUUCACCUACUCUGCGUCUCACAAAGACAAGGCGGUUGGAACCAAAAAAGUAUCUUCUUAUUAUUGGUGUCCUUUAGUAGUGGUUUCUUUGCAGCAAUUCAACCAUGAAGGCCUGAUUCACGCAGUCUCCUCUGAACAGUUGAUGUUGAGAUGUGUCUGUUACUUGAACUCUGUGAAGCAUUUAUUUGGGCUGCAAUCUGAGGUGCAGUUAACUCUAAUUAACUUAUCCUCUGCAGCAGAGGUAACUCUGAGUCUUCCUUUCCUGUGGCGGUCCUCAUGAGAGCCAGUUUCAUCAUAGCGCUUGAUGGUCUUUGUGACUGCACUCGAAGAAACUUUCAAAGUUCUUGAAAUGUUCCGUAUUGACUGACCUUCAUGUCUUAAAGUAAUGAUGGACUGUCAUUUCUCUUUGCAUAUUUGAGCUGUUCUUGCCAUAAUAUGGACUUGGUCUUUUACCAAAUAGGGCUAUCUUCUGUAUACCACCCCUAACUUGUCACAACACAACUGAUUGGCUCAAACGCAUUAAGAAGGAAAGAAAUUCCACAAAUUAACUUUUAACAAGGCACAACUGUUAAUUGAAAUGCAUUCCAGGUGACUACCUCAUGAAGCUGGUUGAGAGAAUGCCAAGACUGUUCAAAGCUGUCAUCAAGGCAAUGGGUGGCUACUUUGAAGAAUCUAAAAUCUAAAAUAUAUUUUGAUUUGUUUAACACUUUAUUGGUUACUACAUGAUUCCAUGUGUGUUAUUUCAUAGUUUAUGUCUUCACUAUUAUUCUACAAUUAUUCUACUAUUAACCCCUGGAAUGAGUAGGUGUGUCCACAUUUGUGACUGGUACUGUAUAUAUUUAAUGUAUUAAUUUAAUGAUUUCCACAGCCCUUCCAAAAAAAACACAUUUAAAUCGUGUUUUAAAGCUAAUUUUUUUCCACCCUGCUCCAUGUAUUCGAUAUAUUCCAUUUCAAAUGUGGCUCCCAAUGUGGCUUUACUUCCGGGGUAUUAUGACACAUCUGGUAGUUCCUUCUCUGUAUGUUCCCAAUCAUACGUUUGUCUGUUAGAUGGACAUGUUGCACAAUCCCCUACAAUAACAUUACUGAGAUGUGUGUGUGUGUGUGUGUGUGUGUGUGUGUGUGUGUGUGUGUGUGUGUGUACGUAUUUAACCGCCUUUCUCUCUGUCCCCCUCCACAGAAACUGUGAGGGAGACCACGGCGGCGAAUCAGGCCUUACUAGUGGCCAAGAACGUGGACAGCUUCCCCACCAACGCGGACCGCCUGGGCGAGGGCACCAUAGACGUGUGGUGGAUCGUCCACGACGGAGGACUGCUUAUGCUGCUGCCCUUCCUCCUCCGCCAGCACAAGGUAUUCACGGUGGUGUUGUUAGCGUUUCACCUGGAUGGAAUACACUCAGUUUAUUAGGUACGUCCAUCUAGUACCGGGUCGGACCCCCUCUGCCUACAGAACAGCCUGAAUUCUUCAGGGCAUGAGUUCUACAAGGCGGGGCAUUCAAACGUUGCUCAAUUGGUAUCAAGGGACCUAACGUGUACCAGGAAAACAUUCCCCACACCACUUCACCACCACCCUGUACCAUCGACACCAGGCAGGAUGUGGCCAUGGACUCACGCUGCUUACGCCAAAUCCUGACUCUGCCAUCAGCAUGACGCAAAAGGAACCGGGAUUCGUCAGACCAGGCAAUGUUUUUCCACUCCUCAAUUGUCCAGUGUUGGUGAUCGCGUGCUCACUGGAGCUACUUCUUCUUGUUUUUAGCUGAUAGGAGUGGAACCCGGUGUGGUCGUCUGCUGCAAUAGCCCAUCCGUGACAAGGACCGACGAGUUGUGAGUUCCGAGAUGCCGUUUUUCACACCACUGUUGUACUGCGCCGUUAUUUGUCUGUUUGUGGCCCGCCUGUUAGCUUGCACGAUUCUUGCCAUUCUCCUUCGACCUCUCUCAUCAAAUAACUGUUUUUGCCCACAGGACUGCCGCUGACUGGAUGUUUUUUGUUUGUCGCACCAUUCUCGGUAAACCCUAGACACUGUCGUGUGUGAAAAGCCCAGGAGGCCGGCCAUUUCUGAGAUACUGUAUCCGGCGCGCCUGGCACUGAUGAUCAUACGAUGCUCAAAGUCGCUUAGUCACUUGUUUCGCCCAUUCUAACGUUCAAUCAAACAAUAACUGAAUGCCUCGAUGCCUGUCUGCCUGCUUUAUAUAGCAAGCCAUGGCCACGUGACUCACUGUCUGUAGGAGCAAACCAUUUUGGUGAACGGGGUGGUGUACUUAAUAAACUGUGUAUGAACAUACAGUACUUAAUUUUUAACACACAAAUAGGCACACGUAUAAUAAUACUAUAUAAUUGACACGUUGCAUUGGGUCACACAUAGAUCAAAUGGAGGGUUUCAUUCUAUCUUUUUCCUCCAUCUCUCCUACUCUUUUCUUUCUCACCCUUUUUUCCCUAUACAAUCCCCUCCCUCCCCUCCCUCCCUCCCUCCCUCCCUCCCUCCCUCCCCCUCCCUCCCUCCCCCUCUCUCUCUCUCUCCCUCUCUCUCUCUCCCCCCCCCUCUCUCUCUCCCCCCCUCUCUCUCUCCCACCCUCUCUCUCUCCCACCCUCUCUCUCUCCCCCCCCCUCUCUCUCUCCCUCUCUCUACACCCCAGGUUUGGAGGAAGUGUAAGAUGCGUAUCUUCACGGUGGCUAAUAUGGAUGACAACAGUAUUCAGAUGAAGAAGGACCUCCAGAUGUUCCUCUACCACCUCCGUCUGGACGCUGAGGUGGAGGUGGUGGAGAUGGUGAGUUUACCUGUAGACCUCUGGGGCACUGACAUGUCCCAAUAAUAACUGGCAUGUUCCUAUAGAACCAAUAAUAACUGACAUGUCCCAAUAAUAACUGGCAUGUUCCUAUAGAACCAAUAAUAACUGACAUGUCCCAAUAAUAACUGGCAUGUUCCUAUAGAACCAAUAAUAACUGACAUGUUCCUAUAGAACCAAUAAUAACGGAUAUGUCUCUAUAGAACCCAAUAAGAAUGGAUAUGUCUCUAUAGAACCCAAUAAUAACGGAUAUGUCUCUAUAGAACCCAAUAAGAACGAAUAUGUCUCUAUAGAACCCAAUAAUAACUGACAUGUCUCUAUAGAUCCAGUAAUAACUGACAUGUCUCUAUAGAUCCAAUAAUAACUGGCAUGUGCCUAUAGAACCAAUAAUAACUGACAUGUUCCUAUAGAACCAAUAAUAACUGAUGUCUCUAUAGAACCCAAUAAUAACGGAUAUGUCUCUAUAGAACCCAAUAAGAAUGGAUAUGUCUCUAUAGAACCCAAUAAUAACGGAUAUGUCUCUAUAGAACCCAAUAAGAACGAAUAUGUCUCUAUAGAACCCAAUAAUAACUGACAUGUCUCUAUAGAUCCAAUAAUAACUGGCAUGUGCCUAUAGAACCAAAUCAAAUGUUAUUUGUCGCAUACACGUGUUUAGCAGAUGUUAUUGCGGGUGUAGCGAAAUGCUUGUGCUUCUAGCUCCGACAGUGCAGUAAUAUCUAACAAGUAACAUCUAACAAUUUCACAACAUAUACCCAAUAAACACAAAUCUAGUAAGGAAUGGAAUUUAAGAAUAUAUACAUAUAUGGACAAGCAAUGACAGAGCGGCAUGGACUAAGAUACAGUAGAAUAUUAUAGAAUAGAAUACAGUAUAUACAUAUGAGAUGAGUAGUGCAAGAUAUGUAAACAUUAUUAAAUUGACUAGUGUUCCAUUUCUUAAAGUGGCCAGUGAUUUCAAUAGGCAGCAGCAGCCUCUAAUGUGCUAGUGAUGGCCAAUAAUAACUGAUAUGUCCCUAUAGAAUCAAUAAUAACUUGAGGUGUAACUCAAUGAAGUCAAGCACAUGUCUCUCAAGUUCAGAUUUGGCCUCAGAUUCUCAGUUGUUUUUGAUAUCGUUAGAUAUUAAAAGGACGAACCUCCAGCACCCUGGGGAUCAAAGUGAACCAAUGUUUCAGUCAAUACACCUUCAUCGGGGUUUCUUUACAUACAGUAGAAAAAAUGGAUGAUGCUUAAUUUAUCCUUUGUGUGUAUUUGAAGAUAAAUCUUUAUUUAUUUUAUUUUUUGUGUGUAAAUCUCCGAUUGAUGCCAAUGCAUGAUUUACAGUACACUCAGACACUAAGGUCUGAGAGAAAAGGUUUCUUUUGAAAAACGAUUUGAAAUAUUUUUUAUUAUGCCUUACCCUGCAUAAUAAUUGUGUGUGUUUUGAACAGCACGACAGCGACAUCUCAGCCUUCACCUACGAGAAGACCCUGGUGAUGGAGCAGCGCUCUCAGAUGCUGAAACAGAUGCAGCUGUCGCGGACAGAGAGGGAGAGAGAGGUAACACCGCCCCCUGUCUGCAGGGCACACUCACUACAACAGUCGGCCUUUUAAGGCUCUAUCCCAAACGGCACCCUAUUUAUUUUAUAGGGCACUACUUUUGACCAGGACCUAUAGUCUCCGGUCAAAAGUAGUGCACUACAUAGGGAAUAGGGUGUCAUUUGGUACGAACAUGAAGUCAGUGUAGGCAUUCUGUUUCUAUAAUGACCUGGUGAAGCGAGUAUUAAUAUAAUCUGUUAUUGAUUUUCAACACCUUUAUCAGCUAUUCCCAGUUUUAUCUAAAGGAGGUGGUAUAAACACAACGUAGAUUUGUCAUUGGGUUGUGGGUAUCAGAGCUCUCCUAGCCCCCCUUGCCCUACUGUUCGUGGUAUGACCUUUGGCCCCCUGUCCUCUCUGGCUGCCGAUGCGGGGCGACACUGCCCUCAGGUUCAGAGUAUCACUGACACGUCGCGUAGCUCCAUCAGGAGGAAGAACCAGACCGGAGCUUCAGGCUCCGAAUCUGACCCCAGUCGACAGCUGGAGGACACGCAGGAGGACGAGGUAGCCAACACCUCCCAUCUGUUACCCAACGCCCCCCAUCUGUUACCCAACGCCCCCCAUCUAUUACCCAACACCUCCCAUCUGUACCCCCAACGCCCCCCAUCUGUUACCCAACACCGCCCAUCUGUACCCCCAACACCGCCCAUCUGUUACCCAACACCCCCUAUCUGUACCCCAACACCUAUUUGUAUCCCCAACACCCCCCAUCUGUACCCCAACACAUUUCAUCUGUACUCCCACACCUCCCAUCUGUACCCCCAACACCUCCCAUCUGUAUCCCCAACACCUCCCAUCUGUAUCCCCAACACCUCCCAUCUGUAUCCCCAACACCUCCCAUCUGUAUCCCCAACACCUCCCAUCUGUAUCCCCAACACCUCCCAUCUGUAUCCCCAACACCUCCCAUCUGUAUCCCCAACACCUCCCAUCUGUAUCCCCAACACCUCCCAUCUGUAUCCCCAACACCUCCCAUCUGUAUCCCCAACACCUCCCAUCUGUAUCCCCAACACCUCCCAUCUGUAUCCCCAACACCUCCCAUCUGUAUCCCCAACACCUCCCAUCUGUAUCCCCAACACCUCCCAUCUGUAUCCCCAACACCUCCCAUCUGUAUCCCCAACACACCCCAUCUGUACCUCCAACACCUCCCAUCUGCAUCACCAUUACCCUCAAGUCACCAACCCUCAGAGACCAGCAUCACCAUUACCCCCAAGUCACCAACCCUCAGAGACCACGCUUACAUAGCCACAGCUGCUAGCAGUCAGGUACCUAAAGUAAGAUAAAGUCUAGUCAAAAUGUCCAGUUAAAGUGGCCCCUGGAAAGACCAACUAUGGUAGACAGUGACUGUGUCUGUGUAGGUUACUCAACGUAGUGGCCUCUGGACGUCAUGGACACACCUCUUUCCGCAUGCGUCACUGAUCAAGUCAUCCAUCCCUCCCUCCCUCCCUCCUCCACCCAUCCCCCUACACCUGGUUCAUUCCCCGUGGAUCAUCACUCCAUCUCAGUGUCAUAGCUCCAACUAGCAUGUUCUCUCACUCCUUACUAAAGGGCUAUUGGCCUGUGUAGAGAACACUGGUGUUGUUGUGCACGUUGCACGUCAUAGAUUUUGGUGUGAUUGUAACCCUGUACAAUUUAAUGUCAUUCAUGUUUAUUGGGAUGUAAAAAGUGUUUUUUACUAUGUGUGUUGACUGGAUAAGCACCAGGUUUGUGUAACUCCAUAGUUUCUAGCCUGUAGUCUCUCCCUCUCUAUCUCUUCCUCCGUCUCUCUCUUCCUCCGUCUCUCUCUUCCUCCGUCUCUCUCUUCCUCCGUCUCUCUCUUCCUCCGUCUCUCUCUUCCUCCGUCUCUCUCUUCCUCCGUCUCUCUCUUCCUCCGUCUCUCUCUUCCUCCGUCUCUCUCUUCCCCGUCCUCUCUUCCUCCGUCUCUCUCUUCCUCCGUCUCUCUCUUCCUCCGUCUCUCUCUUCCUCCGUCUCUCUCUUCCUCCGUCUCUCUCUUCCUCCGUCUCUCUCUUCCUCCUCUUCUUCCUCUUCUCUUCCCCGUCUCUCUCUUCCUCCGUCUCUCUCUGUCCUUCCGUCUUCUCUCCCGUCUCUCUUCCUCGUCUUCUCUCUCUCCUCCGUUCUCUCCUCUUCCUCUCCUCUCGUCUCUCUCUUCCUCCGUCUCUCUCUUCCUCGUCUCUGUCUCUUCGUCCUCUUCUUCUCCGUCUCUCUCUUCCUCCUUCUUCUCUCUCCUCUCUCCUCAGUUCUCUCUCUUCCUCUCUCUCCUCUUCCUCGCUCUGCUCUCUCUUCGUCUUCCCGUCUCUUCGUCUUCCAUCUCUGUCUCUCUCCUCUCUCCAUCCUCCAGUCCUCUCUCUUCCUGCCUCUCUCUCUCUCUGCUCUCUCUUCUCUCUCCUCUCCUUCCAGUCUCUCUCGCUUCUUCAGUCAUCGUCUAUCUCGUCCUCUGCCACUCAGUCUCUCUCCUGCCAGCUUUCUCCGAGCGUCACCGCUCGUCUUGCUGUGCGUCUCUCUCCAUCUCUGUCUCUCUCUGUCUGUCUCUUUCUCAUCAUUUCCAUCUCCUUCAGGCCCAGCUGAUCCACGACAGAAACACGGCGUCCCAUGCCGCGCUCAACGACAAGCCCGGCCCUGACCGAGUCCACAUGACCUGGACCAAGGAUAAGUUCCUCACCGAGCGUAACCGCAACCGCUCCGAGGCCAAUAUGGGUGUGCGCGAUCUCUUCAACAUGAAACCGUAAGUCAACCGCUAUGAACCUCUUAUCCUUGAUCCUUCCAGAUCCAUAAUAGAGAAGCCAGUGACUCUUCAGCAAGUAUCUCUGUUGUACGGUUAGUGCCAUCUGUAGAAACCUUUUUGCAUGCAUAGUAAAUACUAUAGCCGCCCGGAGCCAGACUCUUUGAAAUGGUUUACACAGCCUGCAUGGUGUGUGUCCAGUCUGCGUUGGCAUGUUGACUGUGUGUGUGAACACGUCCAGUGCAUGCCUCCACCACAUGCACCGUUUGGACUAAUGACCAUCAUGUUAUCAUUGUCUUUGUGUCUCUGAACCAACAAUCUCAAAGGGCAGAUAGAACCUCUAGUUAAAUACACAGCCCAAAAUCAAACAAGCUCAAACAUUAUUAGGACACUAUACUGAACCUGACCCACAGAGGCCAAUAGUAGAGACCAUACAUUAUUAGGACACUAUACUAGACCUGACCCACAGAGGCCAAUACUAGAUACCAUACAUUUUUUUUCCUACCUCUAGACUACAUUUGAGCUGUGAAAACAUUUGACUGGAACCAUCCCUCUAAAAUGAGGGAAGCACUGUGUUUAUCUGUGUAGUAGUAGAAACACCAGGGGUUUCUGUGUUUAACUGUGUAGUAGUAGACACGCCAGGGGUUUCUGUGUUUAACUGUGCAGCAAUAGACACACCAGGGGUUUGUAGAAAGCGUCUAAGCCUGUUUCUGCUGUUCUGUCUCGUUUUUUUCUCCUAGAGAGUGGGAGAGUCUGUAAGUCACAUUUCAUUUUGCCAUAGAGCCAUAGGAUGUGUGCAUGUCUGUUGCUCUGUAACAGUAGUCCUUUUCUGUGUCCGCCAUCUUGUUCACCUCCCAGCCACUGGGACUGUGCGUGCGUGGAGGAUAAACUCCACAUCCCAUUCCUCCCAACGUUUGUCUCGUAUACUGGAAGGACCUCCCUAAAGUUCAUUUGCAUGUGAUUGCGUCAUGUUAUGUAGCAUGUGCAACCAAAAUUGCGCUUUCCAUACACAGACCUUAGUCAUAGCAAACUUAUACUGUCAACGCCUUAUCGUUUUAGUUUUGUGUAGGAACAAAUCCAAAGACAAUCAGUCUUUCAAAAUCCAUUUUAAAUUGGUAAUUACAAAUCGGUCUGAUAUUGUCCUUUACACUGUCAAACCUCAACUGGAUGGAAAGCGUCAGUUAUUUGGAAGUGCCUCGUUUGUAUAUGUGUUUAUUCAGCUUCAAGCCAUUCAUAUCAUGCUCUGUAUUAUUUAUUUUUUUUUACCUUGCUGUUCGCUCUAACUCAAGAAGGGCUUUUCAAUAUUGCACCCAAUAUCACAUUGAACUGGUCAAUUAAAGAACAAGUUGACUACUGAAAUGUUGUGUAUACAACACAGUAUUGUACAAUAGAACAUGUCAUACCCACAGGCUUACCCAGUGUGUUAAGUCAGUACACCAGGCACCUUCAGCCUCUCGACCGCCCUCCUUUCCACGGACGCUGCUUUGACUCCCACCCUGAUCUUUUAAUUCAGAGUGAAACGAUAACACCGGAGGCUUCACUAUCAUAACCACCAACGCUCCUGCUUUAAUGUCCUGCUUCAUGUUCUUGUCUGUUUGUGUUAAAAGGCUGCCAAUCUCACAAUACCACUGUAUUUGCUCAAUAUUAUCAAUAAGUGUUUUUUUUUUUUUCAAUCAUCACUGAAUGCUUUGAUUUUGACAGAUCACGUUUUCUCAACAGUAUUUGGUGUUUAGUGAGAACAAUGACAGAUUUUUAGAUUAGCUACUGUUGGUUGAGUCAUCAUUUUAGACGCUAUUAACUCAAACUUUUGCCUGAAUCAUACAUUGAUAACGUCAAUGGAGGAUCACUGGUAAAAGUUGGAGUUGAGCACCGUAUUUCUAGUAAGGAUUCGAUGUCAAGAACUUUGCUCAUUUUCAAAAGCGUAAUGUCAUUCCAGUUCAUUAUUAUUAUUAUUAUUAUUGGAAAAGUCAGGGUCACAGGUCAGAGGUCAGAGGUCAGAGGUCAGGGUUGAGGUGUGUUCAGCCUGCUCUCUUCAUUGUCACCAUUGUGUGGUAUAGGAACCAGUCCAACGUACGCCGGAUGCACACUGCGGUCAAGCUGAACGAGGUGGUGGUGAACAGGUCACAGGGAGCCCACCUGGUCCUGCUCAACAUGCCGGGACCGCCCAAAAACAGAGGGGGUGACGAGAACUGUAUCCUUUUUAAAGACAAAUGUCUGUUUAUUCAACUUUUAACAUCAAUGUCAGUAGAAUUGUGCAUUGCUUAGUUGGACAUGUUUACCCAAAGUUAACUUCAAAGGCAUCAUCAUCAGCGAUCUGACAAGGUUGAGGAUGAUCUCUUUGCAAAGGUUGUUUAGUUGUUAACAGUGAAGUCGUUGAUUUGUAUCUUUAAAACAUAUUAUAACUAAUAGCUUUACAGCUGACGCUCCCCUUGCCAGUCAUGUGAUCUGGAUCCACCCCUCUCAUGUGACUGGUUUCUUCCUUGACCCCUUGCGUCUCAGACAUGGAGUUCCUGGAGGUUCUGCUGGAGGGUCUCAACCGGGUCCUCCUGGUCCGCGGGGGCGGCCGUGAAGUCAUCACCAUCUACUCU